AUGUUCGAAGAUUACGUGAGGGCAUCAUCACCAUCAUCCUUUUUUCUUUCGUUUUUUCCCAUGCUGAGGAUCAUCAGGGAAGAGAAGGCAUAUUGUGCCUCAUAGAUAUGGACUGCAUGAAUGUUCUCUGCAUAGAUAUUGUGCCUCCUCUUGAAACCAAUGUGGUUCAUUUGUCCACCACAUUGUUUAACGAGUUCAAAAAAUUACUCCUCAUCUUACGAAUCUUGGUGGAAGCAACCGCGGAUCUCACGUUUUGCUUUCAUAUUUAUCAACCCGUGAUCUCCCCAUUUUGCUACCGUUUAAUAUUUCCUACUACAUGUUUUGUUCCUCAUAUUGUUUGGAAAAAGAUAUCUGAGGUCAGCGACUGAUGAUAAUUUGAUGAAAUAUAGUCGCUAAUACAUGAUUACUGCAGGUUUUGUAUUUACUUCGGAAGUACUUGGGGGAGUAUGUCCAUGGUCUUUCCCCUGAACUCCUCAGAAUCAGUGUCUGGAAAGGUUUGGAAGAUACUCGCAUCAUGCUAUUGACUAGAUUUUUCCAUCUAUUGACUGUUGGAGAUAUCAGUCUCCAUGUAUUCUUGUAAUUCUGGAUUGCUUAUAACGGAAAAUAUAUUGUAUUCGUGAUGUCUUUCUUUCUACGCAUAAAUUUAUAGUUUAUAAUGCAAAAGGCUAUGUUUGUCGCCAAGCUUUCUUUUCUGAAACAUAAUUUACAUAUGUUGAUGCAACCAUAAAUACAAACAUCAUGUAAGUGUUAUAUGGUUGAAAAGUUACUCAUGGCCCUUCUUUCCCUGCUUCCACAUCUGAUUGCAAUGGAAAACAUUUUACAAUAAGGUAAGUAUUGGUAAUGGCAGCCAUUAUAAAAAUCCUAAUUGUGACAGAUUGUCUUUCAGUGGACCUCACGACAUGUAGUCACACUUAUUUCGCUACAAAUCUAGUUUAUUGGUAUGCAGGUCGUGGGCUUGGUUUCAUGAACUGACUCUGAACUAGGUAGCGAUAAUCCUUCCCAGGGUCGGAUCCUGAGUAUGCAGCCUGUUCCCCAACUUUUUCAUGUUAAAUAAAUCAAGCGAGUAUUAUGCUUAAAUUUGGUCAAAAUCCAUACGAUUUGAAAACAUUGAUUGUCCUAUAAUUUAAAAUGACUUUUGUUGAGUUAUGUUUUUCUCUCUCUGGACCUGAGUAACUGACAAGCCUUCUUAAAAUUGUUUUCUAUAAUUCUCUUGGCUCAGGACGGGUGUAGUACUUUCUGUGUUUAAUAUGUUCUUAACGUUUUGGGAAAUGUGCCUGGUGGAGCUCUCUUUGUUUAUUUGUCAACCAACUGCGUAAUGCGAAUCAUAGUUUUAGUCUUUAACUAAUCACGAACCAGAGUUUCCAUUUAAGCUUCUAUCCCACUCUACUUCAAUUUAUUGUCAAUGAAUUCUGUCAUCAAUUUUGAUUCUUCUUUUCAGGGGAUGUUGUGUUGAAAGACUUGAACUUGAAAGCUGAAGCACUAAAUUCUUUGAAACUUCCUGUCAUUGUACGUGCUGGCUUUAUCGGGAGCAUUACCUUGAAGGUACUUUUCUUGGGGUUCAUACUGUCUAUUUGUCAAGAUAAUCGCUUUGGGUCAUAUCCUGUUGUUCUGGAUGUCUCAGAUGUAUGAUUCAGGGAGUUCCUUACACUUAUUUAAUGCGUCAUCUGCCAAAUCCGAGCUGACUGGGUUGUGAAACAUUAAUCUUGAACUUUAUUUUAUGCAGACAAUGGAAGUAUGCUCUUAAUGUAAUCACUCCCUCACCUAUAAAGCUUCUUUGACGGCCAACUUGGAGAUUUCCGAUUUCUCUCGAGUCUUUUGACAAUGUGGUUGUUGAUGUCGUUGGUGGCAUAUGACAUUGGCAAUAAGUAGAAGUUGGUGGAAUGGUGUGGUUUAAAUUUUUGACUACAAUGUGAAGGUUAGUGGUGAAUGGCAGUUGCAAUGUUAGCUACUAGCUAUUUGGUCAUCAGAGGUCGUGGGUGGUGGUGGAGGGCAAUAGGGGCUGCCAUGGGUGGUGGGUUUUCAUGAAGCAUCGUAGUAAUCAUAGUGAAUUGCAGUUGGUCGUGAAGGAUGAUUGGGUUGUGCUGAAGGUUAACAGAGGUUGUCAGGAACUGUCCAUAAAAGCCACGGCCACAAUUGGCUGCUUAUCGUUUACCACUAUAUGUUACCAGUUGUUACCCGUCAUUAGUCACAACACGCUAUACAGUGUCCAUGUUCUUCGCCCACCAGCUAUCCCGUAUACACCCACCCUCCAGUGGAACGGUCACCUACUACAAUUAUCACACCUUUCCACUUAAGCCGUUUGUUAAUAAUCACCAACAGCUGCAAUUGUUGUUAUGUAUUAUUGAAUCUAAUUCAGAUUCAAUUGAGAUAUCAGAUGAGUCUAAUUGAGAUGUCAGAUAUUUUUCUUCUUAUUUCCCCCUUUUUUGAAUUUAUACUUUUAGUUGAAUUUGAUAGGUGUAAGAUGUGAACUUCAGAUUUCAUAUUUCAUAUUUCUUGAUAUCAGAGCGCUAAUUUGUCUUGUCUAUUCCAUGCAGAGGACCAGAUUAUCAGAAAGUACAUAUUAAUGCGUUUAAUUAUUUCUAUACGUCUCUACAAAAAGUUAAAGUUAACUAUAUGGAUUGAGAAAAUGCUUUCUGUUGUUUGUACGUUAAUCCUUACUUUGGAUUGUGUGUAGGUCCCAUGGAAAAGUCUUGGCAAGGAACCUGUUGUUGUUUUCAUUGACCGUGUUUUUAUUCUUGCUCAUCCUGCUCCAGAUGGGCAGAGCCUUAAGGCAAGAUGCUCUACAUAUCAGUAUUAUUUUAUGAUUGCCUGCUAUAGAUGGUGUUCAACAGAUUUCUGUUCAAUUCAUUGCAUUGUUCUUGUUGUGACUGUUCUGUUUCAGUAGGAGAAUUGAUGUUCCUGGGUUUCAUUUUUUAGGACGAAGAUAGAGAGAAACUAUUUGAGGCCAAGCUCAAGCAAAUUGAGGUAUAAAUUAUUUUUGAUUACGUGAUGCUUCUGACAUUUUUUUGGAGCUUUGAGUUACUUUUGAUACUUUUUUCUCGCUCUAUCCCCUUUUAAGUACUUUCUGACAAUUUUUUCUCUAAGAACAUUUAGAAUGGAAUAAAAAAAUUAAGAUCUUCAUGCCUCAGAAUUACUCUCCAAUUUUUCAUUUUGGGCACCACUCUCAGCUUUGCUAGCCUAUUGUCAAUGCUUGUUUGCCCAUUUCAAUGCAGUUUUCCAUGCUCAUAGAAAUUUAAAUUGAAUAUGAAGAAGUAGAUCAUGAUGCUUGGGAUGGCUAUUAUAAUACUUAAUUGAUCAGAGCUGUAUACAUCUUCUUUUAUUUUAUUAUCAUCUACACUCAUUCAUCUGGCGUUAGGCUACAAAUUUUCUUCGGUGUUGCCCAGGCAAGAAGGUGGUCUGGACAUCCAAUGUUUGUGCCACGUACUUAGGCACGCUGAUUAGGUGCUUUCCCUGCUAUUUGGGCAUGGCGACGUCAGGCUGCCUUGCACCACUUAGGGGCCCUUGGUUGAUGCUUUUUGGGGCUUCCUUUACAUUUUUCAUGGGGCAACCCUGAUAUGGUUGUCAAACCGCCAUGAAGGUGAACAUGAAUUCUGGUUGCAGCUAAUUGUCAUCGAACAAUUAAAAAUGUUUUCAAUGAUUGUGUGAUUGUAAAAUUUAUCCCCUGUGCUGAUCAAACAUCAAAGGACGUGGUGGGGUGGCAAUUGAGAUUGCAUUUGGAUGAUGCUAUCCAGUUGCAAACAUAUUUAGAUUUAUGCUUUAUUUCUAGUGAUUCUAUUUUUAUUUUUUUUUGAUUUUUUUCUCACUUAAAAUGUCUUAAUAGUAUCACGAUAAAUUAAGUUAAAAGUUCUAUAUUUUUCAAGUUUAUUUGUAGAUGUUUCUAAUGUAUCUGAAGUUAAUUUUCUAAUUUAUUUGUCAUGUUGUUUUGUGUUAGGUACUAUAAUGGAUUAGUAUUUAAUAAAAAUUAGAAACACUUUGUACAAUUUUUUUUUUCAGAACGUGUAAGCGCUAAUCUACAUUUUUUUUGCUGGUCAGAAUUAUUGUUAUCUUGUGUUAUUUAUCGUAAGAUAACAUAAAAAUUCAAUUUCUUUUGCUUAUUUGUAUUUUCUAGAAUCUAUGGGUGCUGAUCUUCAUGCAGCUGUCUUCUGAUUCAUAUUCUUACAGUUAUAUUUACAUUAUGUUAUGUAUUAAAAUAGUAUCUUCUAAAAUAGUCUAUCAUUUUUUUGGGUGCUGAUAUAAUGAAUAUUAAUAGUGGACGUACACAUGCAUAAUUUAUCUUAUUUUCGGUUGAUAAUUAAUUCUUACUUCAUGAAAUUUUUUAAAUAUAACUAACCCAUGGAUGCCUAAGGAGGUACCUGGACUCUUGCCUUCUUGCCUAGGUAGUAAGGCAGUGGUCUACCACUUUGCUUGCCUUGGCUGUCUUAAAAGUCGUAGACUACCGCUAGACAAGAUUUAACUCUUCCUUGUUAGGUAUCAUGAUGUCCUAUUUCUGGGCGUACUCUGAAGUGUUAGCCUGUGAAUUAUUGUAUGCUAAAUUUUAGUUUCUUAAAGAGUGAGUUUAUUUGACUGCUGACUGAUGAGAAAUGGCUGUUUGAAUACUCCAGUUUUUGUUUUACACGUAGAAACUCAUCUGCUUCUUGUUAAUCGGAGAAGGCUUGUUAACACUCUUUGUUUUAUUCGAUUGAUGUCAUAGAUUAUCUUUCCUUAACGUUCAGUAGAGGAGCUCUUGUUCUGUUUUCACAAAAGUUUCGCUGUUAAUCUGAAAUCGGAGUUUUAUCAAUUUUUCUGCAUUUCUAAUGGAUUUGUACAUGUGGACGUAUUCUCCAUUAUCGUAUUAUGUAGCUAAACUUUAAUUACUAUUUCUUUUCAUAGGAAGCAGAGUUGGCAACACUGGAAGCAACAACAAAAAGAUCAAGAGUUGGAAGUGUAUGCUUUACUUUAAUGAAAUAUACAUGUUUUCACCUUGCUUCAGCUAGUGCUUUGUCAUCAACUGUUAUAAAAUGUCAAUGCAGUGCUUUUAAAUUACCCCAACAUCCUGUAUAAAAGUUUCCACACAAAGUGUCCGUGAAAUUGACUCCUGCAAAAUAGAAUUGUUUGCCUGUGUUUGGUUAGCACUUUUGUACAUGUUCAUGAACUGGGAAGCAAUGGAAUAUUGUGUUGUCAAGCGGAAAAGGUGUCAAGAAUGAAAUUGUAAAGAAUGGAGUUCUUACUAUGUGAUGUUUCUGGAUUAUGUUCACCCUUCACAAUUGGUUUCUUUGCUUCAUUCACAUUUCUCAAAUCCUUAGAGUUGUAUUCACCAAAUUCUUUUUUUCAUAUAAAGGGUUUCUUGCGGUUCUUUUGCCAGAUUUUUCUAGAUGUUCAAAUGGUUAUACGUGAUGAUAUUUGUAAAACAUUAUGUGACCAUUUUAAUAUAGCCUCAUUUUUGAAAACUUGAUGCCUUUUGGUUCUCACUAUUCUAGAUUUUUCAAUUAAAUUCUGCAUAUUUUUUAUUUUACCGGUAUUUGGUCACCUCAUUAACUUUAGUCCAUAAUCUGGAUCUGCUAAGCUUAGCUUGAACCUUUUAAUUUGCUCUGCUAUGAUUUCUUUUUCUGAUUUUGCAGCCAUCCGGUGGAAAUUCUUGGUUAGGCUCCCUAGUUGCUACCAUCAUUGGAAAUCUCAAAAUUUCUAUUACCAAUGUACAUAUCAGAUAUGAGGAUACUCUUAGGUAUGUGAAUAUCUUUUAGUGAGUUUGUUUUGUGCACUUAAGUGUUCUGAUUUCCUGUUUCUGUUUUGAUAGUUUUUUUGCUUUUAUGUUUUAUAUAGCAAUCCCGGCCAUCCGUUUUGUUGUGGCUUAACUUUGUCAAAGUUGGCAGCAGUUACAAUGGAUGAAGAGGGUAAUGAGACAUUUGAUACCAGUGGAGCUCUGGAUAAGUUGCGAAAGGUUAUCAUUUUUUUCCUGUCCUGGACUUAUAUUUUAUAGAUAAAUUGGCUUAGUAAUCAGUUCUUGGUUUCUUUAUCACCUUUAUACUUCAUUAGCAUCAUUAUCUUCAUUGCUUUAUCAGCCACUUCAAGUCAGUUAUCAAUAAUAUUUUGACUGUAACUUUUGCUAGUUCUCUCUGUUGGGAGGAGAGGCGUCUUUAGUACGAAUGCUCAAAUUUUCAGGAUUAAAAUGUAUUAUACGCGCUUACGUAAUUUUUUCGUAUGUUUUUUUGGGUGAGACAGAUAUAGGAAUAAAUAGGGAUUGAGUUGUUGAUGUUCUUCGGCUGUUUAGUUUCUCUCUUAGCCUCUCUUUAUUUCCGUGCAAAUUGUUUUUGCACAUUUUUCCCUUUUCGAUUGCAUAUAGCAUGUUCCCCUUACCUGGAGCUUCUACUAUUGUUUUUGUGCUAUGAAUAUAUUUUUUCAUGUGGUUAUGUUAUGCAUUAGUUAUUUACGUUCAUUUCAUUCUGUACAUUCUACACUCUGUUUAGAUCCAUUAUUGUGUUUGAAGCUCUAAGACAGAUAGGUGUUGAUCUUGUGUCCUAAACCAAAAAUCUCUGUAACCUCGAACAAAGAGAUUCCUUCCUUCUUGAACCAAAAAUCUCUGUAACCUCGAACAAAGAGAUUCCUUCCUUCUUGAACCCUUAAUCAGAAAUUUUCUAUCAUCUUAUCCCUGUAGAAUGUAUUUACCAUAAUCUGGUAUAAAAAAGUAAUGUGGCUUUGUAUUUGUUUAAUGACCGCCCUCGAUGACAGAGGAAACAUUGUUCUCUAACCUCCCAACAUGACUCACUCUGGUGUUUAUUGCACCUAAAUUCCUUCUGAAUACCAUAUAAGCUCAUGGAGUUUAUGAGCAAUUGGCACAGUGAAGAGUGAAGGCUAAGCCUUUAGACUUUCGGUGCCCAUAUGUCUAUUUUAAGUCUCUUUACAAAAUCCUGAAUGGUAACUUUGCAGCUCUUGAUAAAUGUUUCUCAAAUGCAAUAAGUAAAGUCUUAAUGUCUCUGGAUGCUGCUGUAAGAGGUGUCGUAAAGUUUGUCACUGCUCCUCUUGGAGGACGCAGUGUUGGCUUGCCUAUGAUAAACGAAUUUUGAGAAUGAAGAUCUAUAUUCACUCGCAACAUUUUAAUUUUCCCUUUCAAAUGUGGGCCUGUUCUAACGGUUAGGUCACUGACGCAGUCUUCACAUGAUAUCUUCUCUGUGAAACAUGUUACUGCAAUCUUGCAUGUAGAAAUAAGUCAUUUAUUAACAAAUAUGCGAGGCACGUUUUAAGAAUAUGGAGGAUACAAAUGUCCUCGUAUUAAAAUGAAUUAAUUAAGAAGCUAUUAACAGCUCUGUAAAAUUUAUAUGCUAGAUAGGUAUUCGAUAUCACUCUCAAGGGAACUAUGAGAAAUUGUCCUUAUAACCUUACAUGCGAACACUAUUUGUUCUGCAUAUGAAAUAGAGCAGAUGUUGUUGUCUUCUGUCACGUUUAAGCACUGGCAGGAAAUCCUUUAUACCCUUGAGAGCAUACCGGAAAGGGAGUUCCUCUUACUUGAGAGCUGUCCAGAACUUAAUGUCCUUGGGAAGUGCUCAAUAUGACUGACGUACAGAGAUUCCAAGAUAGUGAAUGAUCUGUCUUCUGCUAGCACUUGGCAAGCAUAUGUUUUGUUAAUCACUAUCGAUGGAUCUUUGUUUCUCUUCUGAGCAUAGCUGCCCUAAACAUUUACUUUUAGGCAAGAUUCAUGCUGCCGACUUUCUCUCUUUUAUUGUUCUUGAAAGCCAUUUACGAUCAACUGACUUAGCUUUGUGUGGUUUCUUAUUGUCACUGUUGGUGAAACUUCAAGCAACUGAGGGAGAAUAAUAAUCACUGUCAUCCGCACUUAAGCUUGUGUAUGAAAAAUUUGUCUCAGAGAACAAAGUCUGGAAGAGGAUGCCAUUUAUUACCCAAAUGGGAAUCUGUCAGUCCAACAUGAUUUUCUCACCUAGGCCCUGGACAUUUAUUCCACAUGUCUCCUCUGACAAGAAGUUGGGUGUCAUUUUUAAUAUUUUUCCUUUCGGUUUCCCAACAUAAGUAAUGGCGUAGAUCUUGUUCUGGUGUAGACUUGGUGAAUGAUACACAAAAGUUAGGAAAGAAGGGUUUCUCUGUUGGUAUCUUUCUUGACAGGUUAAACAUUCAUUGCGAUAGAAACAGGUGAGACUUGUGGGAUCGUGUCACCCAAUGCUCACCGAGAUCUACUACAUCAACUGACAUAUUUUGCCUACCGUUUGGUCUUAAUACAAACCUCAUCAAAAUCUGCACCGACCAUAUUACCUCUUCUACAAUAGAGUACAAGUACAUUCGUGAGUAACCUGAAAAUUCUCUGAAUUUUCUCUUCUAAUAGUAGUUUACUGUCCAAUCCGAAGUCAUAAUUAUCCUGGAAUGUGAAUCUUUAAUAGGCUUCUUUGGAACUGAUGCUGGAUAGUUUUUCUUUAAUUCUUGUCUCUGUGGACUGAUGCUGCGCGUUAGUCAUAUUUUUAGCUUAUGUUGUAGUAAAAUAUUGCUGCUUUAUAUUAUUAUGUUGCAAAUGUAACUGUAUUACCCUUAUUUUUACCUUCGAUUGUGUCAUGUAUUCUUUGCAAGUCCUUUUUAUGAAUACUCAAGACUGCCCUGCGGCCUAUUGUAGACUCGAAAUUCUGUUUCAAAGGCAUCUUGAGCUGUUCUAAUUCUGAGAUGAACAUAGAACUGACAGAACUAGUCUGACCAUAUAAAUCUCAUCUAAUUUGACAAAUUAUCUAAAGGAACGAUUUUUCCCCUUCUUCUAGUCCUUACAACUUCAAAGACUAGCUGUCUAUCAUGACUCUCACAGUCCGCCGUGGAAGUUUGAAAAGAAGUGGGAAGAUUUGAAUCCUGCAGAAUGGACUGAGGUUCGCUCUUCUACAAGUUUCUUUUAUCCCUCUAUACUUGUUUCUUCUCACUUCCUUGUGUGCUGAAUUGGUUUUAUAAAUUCCAGAUAUUUUCUGAUGGAAUUCAUGGGACUUUUCAAAAGGAAGCAGAUUCCCCGUUGACAACUAAAAGAAAAUAUCUUGUAUCCCCAAUAAAUGGAACACUCAAGUACCAUCGCAUUGGAAAACAGGAAAGACAUGACAUUGGGGUUCCUUUGGAAAGGGCUUCACUUGUUCUCAGUGAUGUUUCUCUAACUAUAUCAGAGGUUUUAUAAUAUACGCUCUGCAUAUAUUUCCGUUUGUUAGAUUACAACAUACUUUGGUUUUGAUACUCUGUGACCGAUCUGACUUUCCAUCAUCAGGCACAGUAUUAUGAUGGUAUUAAACUCUUGGAAACCUUGUCACGGUAUAGGACACGUAUUGAAGUUUCUCACUUGCGACCUAUAGUACGAGUUCUUGAUGAUCCCCGUAUCUGGUGGCACUAUUUUGCCCAGGCUAGUCUACAGCAAAAAAAGAUGUGGUACUUUGCUAUUGCUGACCCAUCAUUUAUUUAUUAUUGUUCUAUGCAGAGGCUGAAGCUGGUCUGUCUUUGCUAUUUUGAAGUAGUAGAUGUUAUUUAAAUCCUCGUUUUAAUGUAAUAAUAAGAUUUUCUAAAUUUCUUUAGAUUGAAGUUGCUGCUAUUUUUCCCCAAAAUGUAGUGGAAUUGAGAAGUCUCUGUGAAAAGCUUCAGAAUAUAUUGCUUCUGUCAUACGUUUUAUUUUAGGGUCAAAGAUAAGUUAUUAGACAUAUCAUGGUAAAAUGUAUUUCAGAAUUUAGGAAAUUCCUAAGGUGGACAGACGGGGCUUGGUCUUUGCCGGGUCAGGAGGGAGGAAACUCAGUUCUGAAAAUUAUUUACUUAUUCUGUGCUAACAAUGUUGCUCGUUUUCAACAGGAAUCGCUGUUGUUGAAUCAGCAGAUUUGGCAAACCUGGGGGUUUGUAUCAUAUUCUAUAAAAGAUCCUGCCAGUGCUUUUUUAGGUAAUCUGUAGAAAGGGAGAGAGAGCACGUAACUGAAGUGGGAUUCGGCUAUCUGAGUAUUGAAGGCAGAAAAGGGGGGGAUGAACAUAACUACAAGAUGGUACGGAAAAAGGGAAAAAGUGGUAGCAUAUGACAGUUUCCUUUCCCAUCGGUCUAAUCUAUGUGAAAAAAAGGGAAUUCAAAAAGAUGAUAUAUGGUUUCUGUCCCAGGUAUUCAUCUCUACCUAAAAUCAGGCACUUUAUUGCCCUCCUGACCUCUCUGUCCCUUGUGAAUAAAUAAAGAAAUUAAAAACUCAAAUCUGACACUCAGUUCUCGUGGAAAGUUUGUAUUUACAUUUUGUAGGAAACUGAUAUUUUUCUGGGCAUUUAUAUCCAGUUCUAGGCAGUUUCAACCGGGAAGUUGAUAGGGUGGAGAAGAAUCGCCAGCCAUCACCUGCCAUUCCAUUAAUGUUGAUUAGUUCUUCCCCCUAAGAAUCAAGUAAUUGUAUCUUUCCACAGCAAGGAGUCUCAUAGAUCACUCUAUCUGCUCUGAAUGACACCUAAACAAGUAAGGAAAAAACCUGCCUUGUAGGAAACAUAAGAAACGAUGCUGUUAUGAAUCUUGGCUGUCGACAUUGAAAUAUUGAUUGUAUUGUUUGCUCAUGUUUAAAAUGUGUUUAAAUGUAAAUCCCCAUUUCACAUAGUUCAUCUGUGGUCUGGGGUUAUGAUACGAUCCCCUUUGAAAGGAUCGGAUCUGAGUGAAUUAUGAGAGAAACAAUUGUAUUGAUUCUCAAACUUGGGACAAUGUUGUAGAGAUAGAACGUCAGGAUGACAAUUCUAUCGAAGUACAAGAAAGGAAAGAGAGAAAGAAGAGUGAAAUGGUGGUGAAUAAAUUCGAGAGGAUUCCCCUGCCUCUCCUAGUUCCGAACUGUUCUCCACUUGAUAUGACCCCCCCAAAGUGUAUUUAUAGUCUUCACAUGUCCUGUGUGGACGUGUUCCCUUCUUAUGCCUUCUUUAUGUUAGUAAUGAGGUCAUAACCUUACUCCCCUCAUCUAGAUUCACCUGGUCCUCUAGGUGAAAGUCUGGAAAUUUGUGAGCAAUAUUGUGGGCUAGCUCCCAUAUAUAUAGCCUCAUGAUAUGAUAGAUUUGCCCAUUGGAUGAGAACUUUUGGACCUGUUGGUGUCUUCCACACUACUUUGAUUGUUUGAGGUUGGUUGUGCCAUUCCAUAUUCGUGGUGAGUGAAGGUAGGAGUGCUUGAGGAGGAUUGUUGGUUGAUAAGGCCCACUGUAGUUAAGGUAUGUGAAAUACUAGAUGAAUUGAUGAUGAAGGUGGAAGAUCCGGCUUGUAUGCUGUCUGGCCCACUCGGGAGAGGAUUUUAUAUGGCCCACAAAAUUUGAGAGAGAGCUUCUCAUUUGUAUGCUAGAGACCUCAUUUUGCAAGGACGAAGUUGUAGAUUGACACUAUCGUUUACUUGAAACUCCAUUGGGGGACGGUGAUGGUCCACCUUAUGUUUCAUCUGAAAUUGGAAGUUCUAUAGAUGUGAGUUGAGCAGGCUGAGUAUUUGAUCACGUUCCAACAAUUGGUCCACUGCUGAAAUUGGAGAGGGAAAAGGCUCAUAGCUGUUGGUGGCAGGUGGAUCAGGCUCAUGAACCAUUUUGAACAGAGUAGUCUUGAUAGAAGAAUGAUAGGCCAUGUUGUAGGCUAAUGCUAUCCAGUAUAACUAAGAUUGUCAAUCCUUUGGCUGAUUCGACACAAAACAUUGUAGAUAGGAUUCUAAGGAUCUAUUCACCACCUUAGUUUGUCCAUCGGAUUGGGGAUGAUAGGAUGAGGACAUUUGAAGCUGAAUUCCUUACAACUUACAUAGGUCAUGCCAUAAAGUGCUUGUAAACACUUUGUCAUGGUUAGAGACAAUGGAUUUAGGCAUUUUUCUUAGUACUCUUUUAUAGUCCUUUUCAUGCCCUUCUAAAACAGUUGCUGUGAUAAUCACUUAUAUGCGUGUAGGAACUCCCCAUGGCUUCCCACUAGUGGAUCAUGAGCUUCUCUUAAUUGAUGAGGGAUUAAUGUGGAUGAAGAUACAUCACCAUCCAAUUCUUGUAAAGUAGUGUCACAUGGUGCAGGGUAAAAUGAGGAUAAACAACUGAGCCACUAGUAAGUUCAUCCAUCACAUUUUUUAGCUUAGAAUCUUGUAAGAUUUCCUAUUGAACAAUAGCAAGGUUUAAAAUUUGGGAUUGUGAAAUUGAAGUUGCUGCCAGCUCCCCCAUAUGCAACAUGUGGGACAGGACAUCAGCUGCGGUAUUGAGGCGUCGCUCUUUAUAUUUGAUAACAAAGUUGAAGCCAAGUAAUUUGAUAAGCCACAUGUGAUAUUGUGGGGGGACAUAUUGUUGUUCAAGAAGAUAUUUUAGACUGUAUUGAUUAGUAUGAAUGGUGAAGGGCCGAUGAAUUAAGUAGUGCUUCCAUUUUUGUACAGCUUUUACAAUAGCAAUGAGCUGCUGCUCAUAAGCUGCCUUGAAUUGAUGCCUAUAGGGAAGCACUUGGCUGUGGAAAGCCACUGGUCUUCCGGAUUGCAUAAAGACCCCUGCCCACCCCAUGUCUUGAGACAUUUGUUUUAAACACAGAUGGUAGUGAAAAAUUAAGCAAAGCUAAAAUUAGAGUGGGUGUCAUUGCCUUUUUGAGUUGAACGAAUGUUUCUUGAGAAUUAGGACUUUAGUCAUAAGAUUUUUUCUUGAGUAGGCGAGUAAGGGGCCAUGCAAUGGAAGCAUAGUUAGCUACAAACUUUCUGUAGCAACUUGUCAUCCCAAGAAAACCCCACAGCUCUUGAAUAUUCUUUGGAGGAGGCCAGUGAAGCAUUGUUGAAAUCUUGCCUUUAUUUACAGCAGCUUUCUUCUUUGAAAUUCAAUGACCAAGAUAUAGGCAAAUUGAUAUUUUUAAACAUUGAUAUGGAGGGUGUUUAUAGAUAGAAGAAAUUUUUUUUGUGUCAGGUGUUCGUCAUGGUCCUGACUGUUGCCACAUUUAUCCACCCAUCAAAUUCAGCCACUACAUACCGAAUAUAACAUCUUUACUUACCAAUGUGAGUGGCAAAAAUCUUGUGUGGCAAAAAAUCCUGGGCUGAAUUUUUCGUCACAGUGAUAGCACAGUCCUUUUUCAAGGCAACUUUGAUAUUCUACAUUAGUGAGAGUGAUCCGCUUGCAAUAUCAAGGGUCCUUGUCACUUGAGGUGAGGGGUUACUCUUGGAGUGCCAUCCCAAGAGGGAGGAAACAUUUGUACUCUUGUCACAUUCACCAGAUCUUGGCAAUGAAGGUAAAUGCCUGUCAACAAUUUUAAAUGGAGUAGAAGUACUUUGCUGAGAUGAUUUGGGUAGGUGAUUAUCCCAAGCCUCCCAUAGGGUGUAAAUACGUUGCUCUGCCGCCACUAAUGCAUUCAUAAUUUCCGUCAGUCCUAUUGCAUUCAUGCAAGCUAGUUCUGUUUGAAUUUUUGGUUUCAAACCUUUGAUAUAUGUAUUCUCCAUCACAAUAUCUUGUAUUUUGGGCAGGUAAGUAGAUAGCCAUUCAUAUUUUGCUCAGUAUUCUUGAACUGAGUAUUCCAAUUGAAUAUUUAGAAAUUUGUGAAAUGUAUUGACCAUUGUAGAGGUACCAAUGUGUUUUCCCAAUUGAACUUUGGACUCUUGCCUGUUAUGGAAUGGAUAGCCAUCAUCCUUCCAUAGGUACCACUCUAAUGCCAAGCCUUCAAGUUUCAUUAUAGCCAUCUCCAAUUACUCCCGUUCAUCAUCCUUCCAUCUAACUUGUAUAAUAGUUCUAUACAUCUCAGCUAGCCUUCGGGAUUUUCACCAGGGAAUACUGGUAUCUCCCCUUUCAUGAUGAACUGAACAGUGUUAUGGCUUGUUGUAGGCUCGUUUAGAACAGAUUUCUUGAAGAGGGAUGGGAGAUUGUACCUCUGGUCAUUAUUCUGUCCGAUUUUUGACAGAACGAUGCUGUAGGUUGUAGGUUAGGAGUUUCCUUCUCUAAGGCAUCCAAUAGAUUAGUUGGAAUUGUUGCAUAUUUUUUAGGAGUUAGCACAUCAGAUCUGUGGACUCUUCUCGCAAUUUCUGCAUAUCUUUAGCCAUCUUUCGUUGAUCCGACUGUAAGUUUUUGUCGUCUGCUUCCAGAGCUUCAAAUCGGAUGUCUGCUUUGGUGCCAUACUGUGUAUGGUUGCAAGAUCAUUGGCUCUGAUGACAAUGAUACGAUCCCCUUUGGAAGGAUCGGAUCUGAGUGAAUUAGGAGAGAAACAAUUGUAUUCAUUCUCAAACUCGGGACAAUGUUGUAGAGAUAGAAUGUCAGAAUGACAGUUCUAUCAAAGUACAAGAAAGGAAAGAGGGGAAGAAGAGUGAAAGGGUGAGGAAGGAAUUUGAGAGGACAUUGCAUGAUAUAUUAAUAAGGAGUUAGGGAAAUGGAAGCACUUCCUGGCUCAACUGCACUGAUCAUUCUCAAUUGUCUAAAACUCUUUUGACAAGCAACCGUCCUAAACUAGUUGGCUAAUAGUGAGAGUAAGAAUCAACACAAGGAAAAUGAGAGAUAUAAGAGGGGAGGAAGACCUUAGAAAGACACAUCUAACAUUGGAGUGAGAUGGAGACAUCAUGCUGUUCAGAGUUGGUAUCAUGAUGUCCUGGUAAUAUGAGUAUCAGAGCUACUGUCAAGUGUUUGUAAUGCUUCACUUUUGCCCUAUGAAGAAUUACCCUUUUUUAUGUAUGCGUCAGACAUAAUAAUGAGUCGUCAAAGGGAGAGUUGAGAAGUAGCCUUCUACCUUGAGUGGGGAGGCAUGUUUAGCCUUUGCCAUUUUUUCUUAUUUGGAAGCCAAAAUCCUAUCCUGGACUGGGGGAAAAAAAUUGUACUAUUGCUCUUCUCUGAUGCUUCUGGGUUUCCACAUUCAUCAUUGGCACCAUUUUUCUCCUGGGUCCUGGAAAAUUUCUUUCUUCCAAAUGGUGGUGCUCGAAAAUUCUUCAUGGUCACUCUGUAUGCAAUGCUUUUUCAACAAAUUGAAUGCUUGACUACAGUACAAGAAUGUGAUAAACUAGAGGAUUUUAAUAUGGUAUAAGAAUAUGAUAGACGAUAGGAUUUUAAUAUGGUAUAAGAAUGUGAUAGACUAGAGGAUUUUAAUAUGGUAUAAGAAUGUGAUAUACUAGAGGAUUUUGAUAUGGUAUAAGAAUGUGAUAGAGUAGAGGAUUUUAAUGUUGUAGAAGAAUGUGAUAGACUAGACGAUUUUAAUAUUGUAUAGGAAUGUGAUAAAGUAGAGGAUUUAAAUGUCGUAUAAGAAUGUGAUAUACUAAAUUUGUUGUUGUGGAAUUUCUUCAGUUAGUAUCAAGUCAGUUCUUUAUUGAUUGGAGUGCACUCUAGGUUAGAGCAGAGAUUUGGAACAAUCCUGCGAACUGGAGACUUUCUUCUUUAAAAUCUGAGGACUAUUAUUUAUUGCAGCUAUCGUUUCUCAUGGGAGAGAAUAAGGGAUCUCUGUCAUCUUCGUCGAAAAUAUGUUCAGCUAUAUGCAAGUUCUUUGCGGAAAAUAGACGUUGAUAUUUAUGAAAUGAGGAAAAUUGAGAAAGACCUUGAUUCAAAAGUGAUACUUCUAUGGAGGUACUAUCUAAUUUCCUUGCAUUUGAUUUCGUAUUUCAUACGAUCUUUCUACUUCUGUUAAACUCUGGCCUCAUCUUCUGACUUUUUGUGUCAGAUUACUGGCACAUGCAAAGGUUGAAUCUGUAAAAUCAAAGGAAGCCGCUCAACAGCAAGCUGGUCUUAAAGGAAGCUGGUUGUCUUUUCGAUGGUAUCUAAUAUAUCUACCUUUUCGUUUUGAGUCCUUAAUGAAAAUUGUCUACUAUUUGAUUGAACUCAGCCUAAGUAGAAUGGUUCUUGAUGCAGCAGAAGUUGUGGGAAAUAGGAAAAUUUGGCCUUGAAUCCACAAGGCACGAAUUUCCUCAAUCCAUGAAUCCACAAGGAUUCAUUUGGACGAUCCUUGAAUUCAUAAGGAUCAAAAUAAGCCCUUGAAUCCACAAGGGUUGAUUUUUUGACGAUCCUUGAAUCCACAAGGAUAAAAAUAACGUCCCUUGAAUCCAUAAGGGUUGCUUUCUCACGCACUCAGAAUCUUUCAAAGAGAAUGAAAAUUCGUAAUAUUCAUCUCCUCUGUAGUUAGAGCAUGUUAGCCUAUAAAUUAGCCCAAAAUCAGCUGUAACUCUCUUAGAAGACUGGAUCAGUUACGAAAACAAAUUGAACAUGACCCACCAGCAAAAUAGCUAUGGAAACUGAAAAAUACCACGUUAUUCACGCGAUUUAUUCGGGCUUAAUCUCAUUUUGGGCAUUCAAAUGUUUGUAGUCCACGUUCUAACAUUUUCAGGCCGCCUGGGCCACAAAGUUUUAACCUUUCUCUUUUUUUGAACUGAUGUGCUACUUCAGUGCUAGUCAUCGUAGCUGCCAUUUCCUACAAUUUCUAAUUCAGUUUUAUCUCUUGUGCAGGCUUACUUCCUCUCAAGAUGUGUCAAUUACUAAUGAUUUAGUAGGGGAAAAGUUGGUUGACGAAAAAAGAUUGUCUAAAGAAGAAUGGGAAUCGCUAAAUAAGUUGUUAAGCUACCACAUAGAUGAAGAUGCGAACCCACUCUUGGGAAAAGAUGUGCAAUCAAUUGUACAAUUAUUGAUAGAUGUUUCAAUUAGUCAGGCCGCUGCUAGAAUUAUCAGUAUAAAUCUUACUGAAAUACUUUGUGGCAGAUUUGAGCAACUUCAGGUUACUGCAAAGAUGUAUCAAAAAAGUGUGCAUUGUGAUCUGUCCUUGAAAUUCUAUGGUUUAUCAGCACCUGAAGGAUCUCUUGUUCAGGUAUGUUUUCUAACUUGAGUUAUUUUUAAUUCUCUGAUUGAUGGCCUGGCUUCUGAAUAUCAAGCUCGCUUCAGAGUGUCAGCAAUGAGAGAAAGGCGAAUGCCUUAGCGGCCACCUUUGUUCAUUUACCAGCUUUGGAAAAUGUAGAUUGGCAACUUUCAGCAACGAUUGCACCCUGCCAUGUCACGGUAUUAUCCAUCACAUUUUCUUUAGUGUGCAGUUCAUCAAAUAACUGAAUGAAUAUCUCCAGUCCAUCCUUAGCUUUUGUUUAUUUACUGUAGAGCUAUCUAAAUUGAACAUGGGAUCACGUUCUGUGGUAGCAUAUAUUUAAUUAAUUUUACAUGCAUUUUGAUUAAGUUGUCAGUCGGUAAUCAGCAGGGUAGCUCUGUGUAAGUACGAUUCUUUCUGCAAUUUUAGUUGUCCUCUGUACUCAACCAUUUGAUCUGGAAGAUAUGUUACAUGUGUAGAAACUUAAUGGAUCUUGUCUAGGCAGCAUUAUGCUUGCUGAUUACUAGGUUGCCACCAUUUGGUCAUAGGUUUUCCUGAUCUUUUUUACAUUUAGGUGUUAAUGAAAAGUUAUGAGCGCUUUCUAGAGUUCAUAAAGAGGAGUAAUGCUGUUAGCCCAGCAGUUGCAUUGGAGACUGCAACUGCUUUGCAGGUAAUUGUCUGAUUUCGUAUUCUCUGGGGUGAUUGCUUUAUUGCAUUACUUUUUGGGAUGUUAUUGUAAAUUCUUUAUUUUAGGAAUUACAAAUUAUAGUGUAUAAUCGUUAUCUUACAAUUCAAAUGUCGAUCAGUCAUUAAAUUUUUACCAUGCAAUUCUUUGUGCACUGGUGUUGCGUAAUGAUAUUUCAUAAGUGGAGCCUAUUGUUGCAAUUAUUACCUGCUUCGCUGUUUUGGUACCUUCAUUCCCCUUUCUUUGCUGUUAAGUUUCUCUCUUUAUCUUUCUACAUAAUUUCUCAUGUGAAUCAAUAGUGUUCUCCCCUCAUUAUCAAGUGAGAGAUUUUUCUGUCUUUAUGUGGUCCUGUAAGUCUUCUUUGGGGGAGACUCACAUGUUCACCUGGGCUACAUUUUUCCAACGUCCUUUUACGGGGGUGAGAUUGAUCAAGCAGCUGCACAGAAGACCUCGCAAGAUUCUUUGAUUGGUUUAUGUGAUCUAAGAGUCGCAAAUUGAUAGAGAGUUGUUAUCAUGUUUAUCAUAUCUCCGAAACCUCUUAACUGAUAUGUUACUGUUUGGUGUAUUAACUUGAUAGAUGUCCUUUUGGUCUCACACUUUACGUUAAGAAUGUUAUGAUGCACAGUACUAGUGGUUCUUUAUUUCCUUUUGAUUUCUAACUAACAUCUUUGUCAUCUAAGAAAAACUCAUACCGAUCUCCUGCCUGGUUUUCAAUGACAAUGUUUCAGAUUGUCUGCCCUCCAUCAUGUACGUGUUCUAACCUUUAUGUAUCUAAUUCUUAUUAUUUGUUGAUAAUGGAAACUGCUGUAUUAUCGAUCUAACAAAUCCUUGACGUACUAAGUUGAUAGAUAUCUCUGAAUAUCUUAAGUAUGAAGGUGUCAGUGUCUUGGUGAAGAAUUUCGUUUAAGAAGAUCUUUGUAGUGUUGCACAGGUAUUUGCAAAGAUACUAAUAGUUUUCUCAUAUUUCAUUCAUGGCCAUACUCUGAGAACAGAUGAAGAUUGAGCAGGUCACUCGCAGAGCUCAAGAACAGUUUCAAAUGGUGUUGGAAGAAAAGAACAGGUCUGCUGAUGAGUGAAUCAUUUACUUAUUUGUGGUCUUAGUCUUAGUACACUUGUAAUUGCAUACGUUGGCUAUUGAUUAUUUUAUUUCGUGAUGUCUACUAACAUCGAUUUUUGCAUCUCCUGCAAUAAUAUUAGGGUGUGCUGCACAAUUUCAUGAUUCAUUUCAUUUCUGAUUUUCUGCUCUUUAGCUUUUACAGUGAGCCAAUCGUUUAUUUGUUUGUGGCUUUUUGACAGAUUCGCUCUUGACAUUGAUUUUGAUGCACCAAAGGUGAGGGUUCCAUUGAAAGGCACUGGGCUCCCUAGUACUGAAGACUUUUUCUUGGACUUUGGUCACUUUACAUUGCACACAAGAGUGAGUUUCAGUACUUUAAGCUGUUCAACUUCUAAAAUACUUAUUUUUUAACGAUAAAUAAAUUCUUAAUUACAGGAAUGCGAACGUGAGGAACAAAGGAAAAGUUUGUAUUCCCGUUUUUAUGUAUCAGUCCGGGAUAUUGCAGCUUUUUUUAUGGAUGUUAACUCUGGAAGUACGACAUCCUCAGUUGUGCAGAAGACUGUUGAUGAGAAAUCUCAUCCAUUCCCAAAAGAUCACAGAGAAGUCUACUCCCUCAUAGAUCGAUGUGGCAUGUCAGUCGUAGUUGACAUGGUAUUUUAGUUUCACUUUUUGUGUCAACAUUUUCUUUAGCAUGUUUUACAUCUGUAAUGUCUUUCAUGCUUUUAUGUUACUUCUAUUUUCUUGCUACAAUAAUUGUGCGGUAUUAGGAUCAUAACCUCAUAUCUCAAUACAAUUGGUAUCUUUACUUCAUGUUUAUUGGACGUAUUUGAUCCCGAGUUUGCUGAUUCUGUUUAACUCCAUCUGAUUUGUAUCAGUCUAGUCGAAUUAUCGGUAUAUAUGUUCUUUAAGGAAAUUUUCUUUAUUUGACGGAGGUCAAAGUCAGGGUUCAAAUGGCAACAAACUUGAUGUAAUCCUGCUUGACAAUUUAACUUUCUGUCUUAAUAGAUGCUAUGUUUUUUUAACUUUCAUAUUUGACCUUUGACUUCUAGUCUUAGAAUAAUGUGCAUAUAUCCAUAUCUUUAUGCAAAAUAACAUUUAAGAUUCUACUGUUCAAUUUUAGAGGAUAUGGUUUCAUCUGAACUAGAAAGCUAGAGGUAAGAAACGCUGAUAUCAGCCUGGUUUCUGUAUAAACGUCUCUUUGUAAUCAGCUUUCUAGGUUUGGGUAAAAUUCUUGGUACCAAUCUAACUUUGUAGCUUAUUCGCAUUGUCUGGGUUGUAGUAGUAUAUAUCUACCUAGAGAUAGAUAUAUUGCUAUAUUUCAAACCGUGCUCUUUUAGAGAGUUCACAAAUUUUGAUGUCCUUUUUUCUAUGGCUCUCACUCUCUCUUACAAUAUUGUUCCACGUUGGAUCUUUUCUAUGGUCACAAAGGUAAAAAUAUAGGGUAAAGUAGCUUACACAAGAAUAGUUUGAUGCAAUUAUCUUACCUGGAAGAAACAAGUUAUGUGAAUUCCUAAGUUCCCUUUCUAAGCACUGCAGGAAGUGCAAGGAUGGGCAAUAAACUUACACAGAGAAAGAUAAUAACUGAAAUAUCUACUUCCAUUGGUUACAUCUUCCUAAGACAUCAUCAUUCAUAAAGGAGCUGGCAUUUGCUUUCUGAAGUCUAGAAAAUAAUUAUUUUUGGGGCUUCUCAAGCGAUCUUGUCCUUUUUAACAUGUGACAUUUUCCUUUUGACUUAUAUUUCUUGAGUUAGUGAGGGAAGAAUAAUUUCCCAUAUGGAAGCUAAGGGACUUAGUGUAAUGACAUUCAGUCUUAAACUCAUCUGAUUCUCAUUUUUUCCGGCAGUCUCCAGGUUAAGGUGCCUUUGGUACGGAAUAUAACUCAUUCCAAAAAACGUAAAUAUUGCAAAAACAUUCUUCCACGAUUCAUCAGCGAAAGAAGAUCGAAGAGUAGUAAACAGGGAAGCUUAAAUUCGAUUAUUCUUUAGUUGAAGAAGAGAAAUGAUGUUAGGACGUAUGAAAGCUCUAAGGGAAGCAGGGCAGCAGUAGGCAAAUUUAAAUCUGGAAACCAUUUUUUCAAUGGUUUAUUUGUCCUCCCCUGCUUGGUUUUGCUUCCAUAUUUUAUUGUCCUAACUUCUUCCUCAUUUAGUACUUUUUGAGAUUUUGCUGGUGCGCUAUAACUAAUUUGAAUGUUUCCUCCAAACUUUUCAUUCGCUGGGGGUAUCCUGCGUGGAAUUGUUUUCUGAAGAUAAAGAUAGCACAUCCAAGAUACCCAUCCACACGGGUUUCUAUGCAAGUGCCUAGCCUUGAUAUUCACUUUUCACCUGCAAGAUAUUGCAGACUAAUUGAUUUGCUGGAUAUGUUCAAUGGUUCAUGGGGAACCAAUGAUCUGAUUACUAAUGGACAUUCCGACUCUAGCUCUGUACCAUGGUAUCCUGCUGACCUGAUAACAAAUGCAAGAGUUCUUGUUUGGAGGGUAUGAGUUUUUCCACUUUUUAUUGUAACUGAAAUUUGAUUUAUGUGAAAAUAUUUCUUAUAUACUUUCCGUUUUCAUGAUAAUAGGGAAUUGGCAACAGUUUGGCUGAGUGGCAGCCUUGCUUCAUUGUCUUAUGUGGCUUAUACCUUUAUGUUCUGGAGUCUGAAACAUCUCAAAACUAUCAAAGAUGUGUGAGGUAUUGAAUAUAUUAUGACAUAUGAAGGCCUGGCCUGUACUUUUGUCCAUUCUUUGUCUUUAUUUUCUUGAGAAUGUGAAUGUUGUUAUCAGCCAUUUAUCUCAGUCCUGCUAUUUUUCAACUGUUGCAGCAUGGGGGGUCGACAAGUUUUUGAAGUUUCUCCAAGUAGUGUUGGUGGUUCGUUAUUGUCCAUUGCUGUGGGUUGCAGGGGAACGGAUGUCCAGAAGGUAGGUUGUGCAGUUUAAUAUUUAUUUUUCGUAUGAUAUCAAAACUUUUAUUCUAACCUGGUCUUAGGGUAGCUAUUUGUUAAGUUGUGAUAAACAAUAGCUUGCAUGUUUUUUUUUAUCCAAAAAUUGAAACAUUGUCUGUAUUCAACUGCUAUUUUUACUGUCUCACAUUAACCAUUUUCUACUCUUGUUUUUCUUAGAUCAUCAUUCCUUCAAAACUGUGUUUUUUCACUUUAUUGAUCAAAUCUUUUGCUUGAAGUGAUAGCCACCUGGCGGUCUGUCUGAAAUCUGUCUGAAAGAGUAAGAGGAAAAAAAUAAAUUGUUCUUGUAUUGUUCCUUUUGACUGAAUACCCUGAAAAAAAGCUGUGAGAAAAGAAAAAAUUUAAAAAGUUAGUUUAGAACUGAUAGUCAUAGUGAGUAGAGAAAACUUGAGAAUAUGUCUCUUGUUGGAGCUCUCGUUUUUCUCUUAACUUCGUGCUACAAGGCAAUGAAUGUUAAAAUCUGUGGUGAUUUUCUUCAUUUUGUUCUUCUUUAUCAUCAUCAUUUUCCAUCAAUCUGUUUUGGAGUAGAAGGCAGAUUUGCAUGUUGUUUAAAAAAUCUUGUAGUUGACUUACCAACUUUAUGUCCUCUCUUUGUAAGCUGACCAGAAGUUAUUGACAUCCCCUCCUUCACUCUCUAUGGUAGGAAACUAGUCUUAUGCAACUAGUUUAUGGUGGAAACUACCUUUCUUUUGUGCAGAUUAGGCUUACACACUUUUUCUGUUCUAGGAGCUCUUUAUCAGGAAACGAAAAAAAGGACAGCUCUUUAUCAGGAAUUUUUUUAGUAUAGUAUGUUAUCCAGUCGUGCAAAGAGCUGUCCUUUUUUUAGCUCAGAAAAUACUGGAUGUAUCCUUUCUUAAUUUUGUAGGUAUCAAGAUCCUACUGCAAACCUUUCACCUAUUUUUUUUUUUUCAAUAUGUUCUUCUUAUUUUGUUUUACUCUGACCCUUUUCCUUUUGGGUUUUGUCUAUUGCUGAGACUUGAAGAGAACAUGAACCACAUGAGGUGUAAACCUUGUGGUGUAAAGCACAUGGUUAUAGGUGUAAACCACAUGAGGGGAAGCCACACCGUGUUGAGGUUUUCCUCGAGUUACACAACCACCCUUUGAUGUGUGCAGUCGAGUCUUUGCCAAGCUGCUCACAAAUUUGGUAGUUUGGGAGUGUAGGGUGAGAUUGUUAUAAUUUCUAGAGAUUUCAGUUCAUAGGAUGUGAGGGCCAUUUUAAAGCAACAGAAGCUAAAUUGUAACCAUGUUCGUCAUGGCAAAACACUUUAUGUAUUUUCUUUCCUUGAUUGUUUUAUUCUUUCCUUCACUUUAGAGCAAUUUUAUUUCCUUCAUGGCAAAACAGAAAAUUGUCCAAAGUAUCUUAAUGCUAUGUCAUCUAAAAUAUUAGCCCCCUUUGUUCUAAUUGGUACCUAAUUGUAGGAGGGUUUGGAUUUUCUGACUUAGACAGAUCUCCUCAUUCUAUCUCUCUUUUAUGAACCACCGAGUUUUGAUGCUGUUACUGGCAUAAUUUACCUUUCAGGCCUUGGAGUCUUCGACCACCAUGAUAAUAGAAUUCCAAGGAGAUGAUGAAAAGGCAGUGUGGCUUAAAGAGCUUGUGCAAGCGACUUAUAGGGCUUCUGUAUGUGUUAAUUCAUGUGCAUACUUAAGCUUAAUUAAGCUAUCUAAAUUAUUAGUAUUCACUCUACUACUGAAAAUGUACAGGCACCUCCUGCUAUUGACAUCUUUGGAGAGGCCAUUCACAAGGAAGGUGAAUCUUCUGGGACUCCAACCUGUAAUCAAGGGAAUGCAGACCUUGUAAUAAAUGGUGCAUUGCUUGAGACUAGCCUUUCCAUUUAUGGCAAAGUAUGCUAUCUUUACUGUAACAAAUAUUUUUCUUAAAAAAGUUUGAUAUUGUAGUUUUUGGUUCUAAAAGAUGUAUGUAAUGAAUUGUAAGUUAUCUGUUGCAAUAAUUUGUGGAUGGGUGUCUUCGCAGUUGGAUAGGUCUAAAGAUGCCAAUGAAGAAAUAAUACUGGAGCUUCUUGCUGCUGGAGGAAAGGUAUCGUUAUGUUCUAUGUUGUGAUAUAAGUCUGCUAUGUUUUAGUUAUCUUCCAUGUUAACCUCAUUAGUUGCUAUGGUAUCUGUUUCUGUUGCUUAUACAGUGAUUGAGCCAUGUUUACUAUGUGCCAAAAUGUAUGCCUAAUCACAAGUAAAGUAUACUGCUGAUACAUUGCCUUAUAUGGUUGCGUUUUUCAGGAGUAAAACAGUUUGCUUUCAAAUCUAACAGAUUUUGUUUGCAGGAUUUACGUAAUUAAAUGAACUUUCUAUAUGAUGCCAUGUAGAUGAACUUAUUGUAGAAAGUGGAAAAACUCAUUAAUAAUGAUCACGGUCUAAUGUUUAUAUCCUAACACUAGAGGCCGUGUAAUGGCCCACAAUAAGUUCGGCCACUAGGGUGGGCCGUAACAUAAGGAGCCCAUUACACUAUAAGGGGCCCAUUACAUUUAACAAUGUUCCACUUUCUACACUUAUAAUUUGAGGUUAUAUGAUAAGACAUUACGUUGCAAACCUUAACAAAUGAGCAGUUAUCAACCAUGGUGCUCAAGUAUGUUUUCUAGAAAGUCUCUCUUUACAUUUUAAAAGCUGGCUUUCUGUAUCAAGGAAGAUGUGCGGAACUUCUCAUCUAUGCAUUUGUAUAUGGCUUUAUCUACGUUUUGACUGGCUCUUUAGAUGAACAUUGCAAUUCUUCCUACCCGCUUUUAUUCAUGUUUGAGCAAUCUUUUUCGUUUUCUCAACUGAUUGAUUCUUUGUGAAUCUCUUGGCUCGUUUUCGUUUUGGAAUGGUGGUAUCAACUUUUUCUUCAUGGUCGUAGUGGAAAUUUCGCUCCGCGUGUCUCUCUUCUCUUGAGACUCCUUGUCUCCUUUGUGGAAAGGACUGCACUAUCACCAUCCUUGUCUCUUAACACUGCUGCCAUUCCAUCCAUCAUCCAUCAUUUCUCAUGCUGGUUGCAAUUUGACAUCAACACUAUCACCUCACAGAUGACACCAACAAUUAUAGAACUGAUGUUAGCAUCUCUGCAGAUUGACAAAUAUAUUCUGUUCAAGGAUAUUUCGGUCCUCUUAUGGCAUCUAUAUAAGCCUCUUCUGUUGCACAACAUUAUUUCUUAAAAUGUUAUUCAGCCAUCAGUGUCCUGCAUGCUGAUGUUCGCUAGAUUGGGGAGUUGUUUGCGUGCUAAAAAUUCUAGCCUCCCUUUUUCUCCAACGGGUGUCUUCUAGUAUUUGUAGUGCCUAUGAACUGUUUUUUGUUUGUUUUGUUGACCACAGUACUUGCUUGGUUUUUCUCAUUCACCAGGUGUCUGGCAUUCCUUUUUCUCAUCAUCAAUUUUUUAUAUGGUUAUAAACCACGCUCACUAUCACAUUAAAGUACUUCAUAUUGAUGGUGCCCUUCCGUACCUGUCCACUAAAUUUUGCCACAUUUUGUGUUUCUUGAACGUUUCCUGAAUAAUCCUACCAUAAAACUCCAUGGUAGAUUUCAUUUGCUGAGCAGACGCAUGGGGGACUACGGGUAUCAUUUACCUCUUCUGCCUACUCUUUUUUUGGUUUUUUCUUGAUGAGCCAUUAUCGGCUCCUACUGACUUUCCCUUUGAGCCUUCCUUUCAUCCUUCACCUUCCAUUGCCAAUGCCAACAUUUAUUAUUGGUGUAAUCUUGAAGAUACUUCUUUGCCUUUAAAAACAGAUGUCACCUACUUUGAUGGAGAAGACUUGUCCCCUACCUCUACUUUUACCUAUUGUGUAUCCUAAUCUUCUGAACAUGGAAGUUGAGAGAGGAGAGAGGAAGCUCGAUUAACGAAGAAAAGGCAAGUAAACAUGCCCUUCUACAGUUCCUCCUCUAAAUAGAUAGACAUAGCUCAAGAUCACCUAAAAAAUAUAGGAUGUUUAUAAAAUUUCUGAAGCAAAAUAUCUCUUAGAAAAAAUAAAAUGGAUUCUAAAUAUUAUUAAGUCGUGAAUGUCCUAGAGAUAUUACACUACUACGCUUUGGGGCUUCAAAUUUUCACGCUUUUUCAGUCUUCUGGGCUCACUUUUUAUGUGCUCGUGGUCUCUUGCAAUUACGCUAUAUAUCAACACUUGUCCCUCAUGAUCAUGUUGAUUCUUUUGUAACCUUCAACAGAAAAAUAUGUUUACUUGUUUCUUGCUAUUACUUUUUCUUUUGUAGAUCCUCAUUUUCUCACCCCUGCUUAAACACCAUCCUCUUGGUAAAAUUGGUGCAUGAUUACUUCACCGUUGGUUUUUAGAAUUCUCUAUCUACUGAGUGCUUUGCAGUAAUCAUCAGUUAAUUUAGUUUCUAAGUAGUUGUAGGUUAUGUUCCAGGAUGUUAAGUGGAAAUUCAAGCAUGGUUUAUUGACUCUGUAUAGUGUGUCUAAACUAAUAGAACUCAGCUUAAUCUGAUGCUUUACAUCAUUAGUAGUUCAUAAAGCGAUUUUUGUGUCAAAAUAAAGUUGUUCGAGAUGAAAGGUAAUCACACAAUGACACAAAGGGAUUUUUACUUAGUGGCCACUGAUUACAGGUAAGCUUCCCGUAGAUACUGACUCUACCUUCACGAUAAGAGGUCUUUCAGUAACUAACUUUCUUUUACAUCAAAUGAAAAAAAUAAUUUACACACCAGUGGAGUAGAACUAGAGGAUUAAGUAUCAACAGACCUUUAAUGGACUUUUAAUGCAUGGGACAAACUUGAGCUUAACCUUUCACUGAACUCUAAUCUUUUACGUUAUGAAUUAGGCAUCCAUUCUUCUGUCCUAAUAGUUAAGAGAAGGAUAGAUGUUCAUGGGAGAAAAGUUUGUCAAUUUUUCUAAUUUCAAUUUAGUGCAUAUAGUCCAGAUUGAAAUAUUAAGAAAAUAAUAAAAUUCGUACGAGGAGUUUACCACUUCUGACCUCUGCAUUUGUUCCCACUGUUAGUAAGACCUGAUACGAGUUUUCCAGUGUCUAUGGUGGAAAGUAUGAUAGUUUCAUUGUUAUACUUUUGAUUACAGAUUUUUACUGGGCAUCUGAGGAAUUAUCAGUGGAUGAGGAAAGUAAGUUAACUUUGGUCUCAGUCGAUCAAGAAUUCGUGAGAAUGAUGCAUCACAAUUUUUCUUGUUUUGUUAAUCUUGGUGAAAAGAAUGAGUCUUUAUUCGUACAGGUCCUAGUAAGACUGUUCAGAUGGAUCUGUAUCUUUUUCUACUGGCACAGCAUUUGUCCAUGAUAUGCUUCCUUGGAUACAUUUCAUCGUAGUUAUGUGGAUCAGGUAGAGAUAGAUUGGGGGAAACUAUGUUCAUUACCCAAUGAUUAUCUUGAUUGCAUUAUUAUAUUUGCUACUUUAUUCAUUCUGUAUAUUUAAUGAAUUAUAAUGUUGAUAACCUUUCAGAAAAUAAACAUAUCAAUGUUUGUGGGUUCUCUUUCUCUUGAUAUUGAAAUGAAAAUGCUCAUGGGCCAAAAGCCAUGCUUUUGAUUGCUUUAUCCUUGUUUCUUGUCCUAUGGUAGGUAAAUGUUGUUCGUUCUGAAGCUGACCUAACUGUCAAGAUGAAGCUGCAUUCUUUGAAAGUUAAAGAUGAACUUCAGGGUCGUCUGUCCAGCCCUCCCCAAUUCCUAGCUUGUUCUGUUUUGAAGGAUAAUAUGGAUAGUCCUAGGCUUUCUAGUCUGCAUCUCAACGACAGGGUAUUCUGCAAUUUAUUUUUCGAUAAGGAUGACAUUUUUACGGACGCAUUACCAGAUUUUGUUUCCACCUCUGAUCUCAGCCCUAGAACUUGUGAUAGUGAAGUAGGUGACGUUUGGUCUGUGCUGGAUUCUAACGAAUUCUCAAGUCAGGAGAAAGAAAGGACAAAAUGGAAAACUGCAACAGAGGUUUUCUAUGAGGCUCAGGAUGAUGUUACUACUGAUUUCAUUGCUGUUACUUUCCUGACAAGGAAUCCAGAUUCCCCUCAUUAUGAUGGUAUUGAUACACAGGUAAUUUAUUGUCUUAGGACAGUACUGAAAUCUAGAGCAUUAUGGUCGUUAACUUUUUUUUUCAUGUAAUAUUUUUCUGUUUCAGAUGACUAUUUGCAUGUCCAAGCUAGACUUCUUUUGCAAUAGGCCUACUUUAGUUGCCUUAAUUGAAUUUGGCCUUGACCUGAGUUUGGUGAAUUCGGGAGCCAACAUUGGAGAUGGAAUCAACGUUUCGGAAGCUGCCUCUUCCCAGGGAACAGAAAAGCCUGAAGAAAGUGGAUUCAGUAUUGUUAAGGGUCUCUUGGGUCAUGGGAAGGGGCGAGUGGUAUUUAAUCUUACCAUGGAUAUAGACAGUGUUUCUAUUUAUCUUAACAAUGAGGAUGGUUCGCAGCUGGCAAUGUUUGUGCAGGAAUGUUUUCUUCUUAAUAUUAAGGUUAGAUAACUGAUCUUAAUUUGGUUUAACAUAUUUAGUUUUUUCUUAUUUACAGAUAUAAUUUUCUUAAGAAAUCAUAUCAUUGUCGGGUUAGUAAGUUUUAUCAUCUUUAAAUACUCAGCUACAAAAGUUUGGGUCCCCAGAUGAGGAGAAAAUAUUAAAGUCAAUCUUCAGUACAUACCAUAUUAUCAGCAUGAUUGAGCGGAUUACAUGUUUUACUGACCGAAGAACUAUGCACAUGGCUGCAAGGAAGUGGAAAAGAGUAUGAUCAUAUGUCAACGGUGAAUCCAGGUGAAUCUUCUCGUAUGCCUGAAAUCGACGAUCAAUCUCCUCCAAAAUCCAGGUGCAGCGGUGACAGAGAGACAGGAGAAAAAGGGGAAACAGGCCGAAGUCCUAAAAUUUUAUUUUCUCAUUCUCUCCCUAGGUGUUUCAUGGGACUGGUUUUUAUACCAGGAAGUUAGUAGCGAUAUGAACCAGACUGGACCGGACUGGUUCAGAUCGGUCUAGUUCAUGACAACUAAAAUAAAAAAAGAAAGGCAAACAAUAUAAGAAUAAACGAAAAAACUACAUUCCCGACAAUUGGUUACAUCCUAGCGCUGGUAGUCAUGCAUGUAAGCAUGGGAAUUGUGCAUGACUAGGAUAUAUGUGCAUUUUAUUGAGGUUUCAAAUGUUUCCUUAAGUUUCUAAUUAAUUACUUCAACUUGUAAAUAAUUUUCAGAUUCAUUUGACAAGUUUUAUAGCAUCUAUUAUAGUCCAAACAUUAUACACAGGGAGAUGUACAAAAUAGAAUGCGUACUGAAUAACAAAACUCAUCUUGUAAUCCUUAAGCUCUCCGUGUGCAGUUUAGAGUAUAAUGUAAGUGUUAGUGCAGCCUCCUCAAUGUUGAAUAUCUGAUAGAAUGUCCUCUAGGUAUUGAUACCUGUUCGUUGAAAAUCUUAAUGUUGGUGUUUCCUUUCAGUGAAAUUCUUGGUAUUUUAUUUUACGAGCACAUAAUCCUCUUGAUUUUAUGUAUAUGACACGUCAACAGAUAAUCAAGAUAAUACCAAUAGUGAUUUUCUUUUUCUCCUGAUUUUAGUUCAUAUUCACCUUUUUCCGUCAUAUCUUUUUUCAUUAGAUUAUAUUUUUAAUCAUAAACUGACAGUCUGGUUCAAAUUCUGAGAAUGCAUAAUUCUUUACUCUUCCAUUAUUCUAAUAUCUGAGUUUAUGUUUUUCACUCUAACAUUCUAUCACAUUUUCGUGGAUUUAUAGCUUUACCGGCUGGGGCAUGUGCAGCUUUGUAGCUUCUGAUUCUUUGAUUUUUUCACAGGUGCACCCGAAUUCCUUAUAUAUGGAUGGUACAUUAGGAAAUUUAAGACUUUGCGAUUUGUCACUUGGACCAGAUCAUUCCUGGGGUUGGCUAUGUGAUUUACGCAACCAAGGAGUAGAGUCUCUCAUUAAGGUAAUUCUUUUUCUUAUAUCCUAUUUGUAUAUAUUUGUUCAUUUAGUCUAUGUUGCUUUCUUCUGUUCAGAUCUAAUGAUCAUGUUGUGAAUUAAACCUUUUUGUUGUCAGAUUCUUUCCAUUGUCGAAAAUAAAGUCUUAAAAGCUAAGAAUAUGAUAUGUAAGUUGAUGCUUGCUGCAGCUCCUGAAUUCUGGUCGCAGAUUGAUGCCAAUUCUUUUAAAAUGCAUUUAAAAGCUGAUCGUAUAAAUUGUUGGCUUUCAUUGUUCUCAUCUUAUUUUGAUGUUUAUCAUGGUGUAAAUGUUUUUCAACCAUCUGAAGAACUAAUACGAGGGCUUGAAGGGGCUUUUGAACGGAUAAUUGAUUUCCAGAAAUUAAGAAAAUUAAAAUUUCCAAAAAAUAAUCCAAAAGCAAAAGGUUUAACUAUUAUUCGAUAAAAUUAUUUUAUUAACCAACAUUAUAUCCUUAGGUUAUGAAAUUCAUGAACAGUAGGGAUUAAUUAUUUUUGUUAAUGAUUUUUUAGGGCGACUUAACAGGGUUUUUCAUUUUGUGUUCUAUCACAUUGGUGGUUUGAUGAAUACGAUUCUUACCUUUAUUAGGCAUGAGUUAUAUGUGCUGCUCUAACCCGAUGAAGGCCUUUCUUCCUUAGAUCCCCUUAGCAUAUGCUUAAUUUAUAGAUCUUGUGAAGGAAUUCCAGCCUUUUUUUCGUGUGGCACCUCAAUUUCAUUAAUUCCUGCUCUCCCUAGUUUGUACCUGUGAUGAGAUUCUUUUUGGGGGGAUACGUUGAUCUAUUUGCAUGGUCUUGAAGAUGGUCCCAACAAUUCUAGAUGACACCAAUUGUUGACUCUAAUGAUCGUAAGUGGUGUGAUAGGCUUUUUAAAACAUUUUAAUGGUAAAUAUGUCAUUUAAAUUUACAUUUAAUUCUUACGAUGUUAUUUGUCAUAGUGAUUGGAGAUUAUAGUGUUUGCUUCAGUGCUUUACUGACUCAGUAGUAAUUGGUAUAUUUAUGUCCACAUUCUGCGGACUUAUUCUGGUCUGGGCUAGCUCCUCAAAUCUGAUCCCAGUUUUUCAGCCUUUGAGCUCUGAUGUGAAUCAGGGAUUAAAACCCUGUUCGUUCCAUGGUAGGAUCUUCCAGGGAAGACCGGUUUAUUAGGGAGUUGAGAGCUCUGAUGUGCUGCUCCUUAUACCUUAUUUUCUAUCAUUCUUUGUCGAUAGCCACUAUAUUGCAUGCUGCUGCCUAUUCCUGAUGACCUUCCCCUUUCACCACAAGGUUGGGUAAAUGAAAAUUGACUCAAACCAUAUAAGGAGAAACAGACAGGAAAAAUCUCUUCUUCUGCUCAAAACAUAUACCAAUUGCUAGUCAUAUCCAAUUACCCUGGCCACAGAGAAGGGAAACUAUCUAGGCUCAGGAAACUGACAAACUAGGAAACUGCCCAACUAGGAAAUUGGCCAAGAGAAACUCCUAAUUACGCGUUUUCUCCCACAAAAAUUAGUCUGGCAGAAGGGAGAUGAAGUAUUUUAACAGUUAUUUUCUAAUUAGAAAGAUAACCCAAAUAUGCUUCUCUUUGCAUUUUAGUAAAGUACAACUAUUCUACAAUUUAAUAAACUUCUGUUAUUAAUGGUGUCUUGGUUGGUUACUCAUGUGGCAGGUUAUCAUGAAAUGGAUUUGAUCAUAUUGACAAGACAAUGGAGUUCAUAGUGUUAAUAAUAUAUCUAAGUGUUGGAGGCUGAAUUUUUUGAAGUGAUUCCUGUUUUAGUCAAUUACUGCUUCGAUAUCCUCUAGACCAAUGAACAACUUCAUUGAAUGAUAAAAAUAAUUCUAAUGACGCCUAACAUAGGAUGGAUUCAGGAGGCAAACGAAAUCUUCAUGGAGACAAUGUCCAGACUAGUGGCUGGUUUGACUGCAGGAGUGUGAGGGUUACUAGAUUAUGCUUGGUCAUAUGCUGUGUCUUGAUGGAAUUCGAGGCGUGGGCUGAAAUUUGACUAAUUUGGCACACAUUCCUUAACUUUGUUUAAGUUACUAAUUGAAAAUUUCCCAUGCUACGUUUUAGUCUCUUUGAUUUUGGUAAAUGUCUGAAUAUAUGCAUAUGUGAGGGAGGCCCACAUGUCCUGAGGAGAUAAAGAAAGUUUUUCCAUUAAUCAAUUUCUCAGGAAGGUUUUGAAACUGUUGCCUAUGUUCCCUUUGGUUCUGUCAUAUCUUAUCAUAUUAUCACAUGGAUAGGAUGUGAGCGUGCGCUGUUGUGACAGAUUUAUCUAGUUAAUACUUUUGGGAUGAGCUUGGCUCACUUGCUCCUAGCUGCUUAUGCCAUAUGACACAGGAGAAGGUAUGAGGAUUGCCAGGGUUGUAGCUCUGUACAUGGACUAAAUGCCCAAGCAUGUUAUUUUGCUUUGGCGUACUCUUUACACAUGGCACAUAUAGGUUCAGUUUGUUAUGUAUUAUAGGUAUAUCACCAAAGAAAUGAAAUAAUGAAUCGUCUACUGUUGUAUUUUCCAUCUUGAAGUUGAAAUAACCUUAAUUCUUUCUAGAUAGGUCAUCAGUUUUUUUUUUUCUUUUUUUUGACUUUGACACCAUUCUGUAGGACGCAAACAGGUCCAUUUCUGUGAAUGCAUUUUAUGUGAUUUCUAUAUGGGUUUUACUUGUGGAAACUGAUCACAGUUACUACCAUCUUUAUAGCAUCUUAACGUUUUUUGUGUUUUCAUUUUCUAGUUUACUUUUCAGUCAUACAGUGUUGCUGAUGAUGAUUACAAAGGAUAUGAUUAUAGUUUGCAUGGUCAACUCUCUGCUGUGCGCAUUAUAUUUCUCUAUCGGUUUGUUCAGGAGGUACACCAUCUCGAACCUCUUCCUUAGUGAGCUUUUUGACUUGUAUUGUGAUCUACUUUGUGUUUUAACCUAUUUCAUUUUCAGUCUCCAAAUGCGCUUCUAGAUACUCAACAACCGAGAUAGAUACUAGUUUGUUUAUUGAAUAAUAAUCAUACUCACAACAAUCCAAUGAAAAGCUUGGACGUGAAUUGCUCAUCCUCUUGACAUGCAGAUAACUUCAUACUUUAUGGAGCUUGGCACACCACGCACUGAAGAAGCUAUCAAGCUUGUUGAUAAAGUUGGGGACUUUGAGUGGCUAAUUCAGAAGUAUGAGGUCGAUGGGGCCUCCUCAAUCAAACUGGAUUUGUCUCUUGACACCCCUAUAAUUAUUCUUCCUCAGCACUCUUCAAGCAAAGAGUAUGCAUCGUUUUGAAAAUACUCACCCUGUUAUUUGACAAUUUUAUGUCUUAUUUGUGUGUUGUAUGGGAAAUGAGGGCUGAUUUUGGGUAGACAUAUUUCUUUGUAGCAUUGUUAUAGAACUCUUAAAUUGUUUUCAGUAUCCAGUAAAGAUUUCUGAGUCCAUUUUUAGCCUUCAUGAAGCGUGAAAAUUUCUACAAAUGAACUGGGAAUUGCUUUAACAAAAGAGAAUGUGAUGAAUUCGCUUGAGAAAAAAAAAUGAUGACUUUCUUCAGUGAUGCACAUAUUUCCACAAAGAAAUAUUGAUAAUUCAAAUGUUACUUGCAUUUGAUAUCCAUUGUAAACUGCUUUUAACAAUGAAUGGUUUCUAGAAAGUUUUUAAGUGUGUUUGGAAUAGCAACUAGAUGGUACAAUGUUCUUGACAAAGACUUGCUGAGGAAUAAAAAAAUAGACCACUAGAAAAAAGCUUGAGCAGUACGUUUCCUUAUUCAUGAUCACAUUUAUUGGGCUUGAUUGAAGAUCAUCUCCCCAUGUCAUUGGUCAUGCCCGUUGGAUUCAGACAAUACGACCAAGUCAAGUUUGUAUUGGUCAAAUUUCCUCAACCUAGGUAGUUUCCUUUUCUUGUCGCCUAGGUAAUUGUAUAAACCAAGCAGUUUUUCUAUGAUUUAAGUAGUAGAAGAGAUUUUUCCCUACUGUUUAUCCUUGUACGGUUUGCAUCGUAUAUUUCUAAAAUUCUUUUGAAGUUGCCUAUUUAAAUAUUCCUCGAUAUAGACCAUGGAACAUCUGAAAAAUUACAAUAUGCCAAAUUUGGUAGCAAUUGAAUGAUACCUCAAUAACUACCAACUUCAUAUUUCCUUGUGCACAAGUACUAUUUUGCAACAUAGUAAUGAUUACACGGCCCAAAAAGACAUGAUGGAUGGAUUCCAAGUGCAAACGGAAAGAAUUUUGGUUUAGAGAUAAGUGGGCAGCUUCGUGUUGGCUAAUUUCCAAAUAAAGAUUUUACUUUUGUGGGUAGUUCAUUAUGCUGGACCAUACUCUUCCUUCAAAUUCUACAACCAACCUCGUUAUAAAUUCUUUCAUUGUAACCAACAGUGACCCUUCCUUUUCCAUUCCAUCUCAUUCUGCUGGUAUCCUCUUUUCCUUUUUUCUGAGGCAUCUUUGUAGCCUUUCGAAGGGUUUUGCAUCUUAAAAUAAAUUAUUUUUAUAUGGACUAAAACUAUAGUUUCAUCAUUGUGAUCAAAUAAAUUUAUAACCUUUUUUGUUCUUCUAUGUAUUACAGUUUUCUUCAGCUUGAUCUGGGUCAGCUACACCUUAGCAAUGGAUUUAGUUGGCAUGGUUGCCAGGAUGAAGACCCUUCUGCAGUGCAUAUUGAUGUUCUCGACAUUGAGGUAUUCCCUUUUGAUUUCUACGUCAAUUUCCUAUGGACUUCCUAAUAGGCGUACUGUUUACAACUUGACAGGUAAGCGGAAUCAACAUGGCCGUUGGAAUCAAUGGACUUCUUGGGAUGCCUAUGAUUCGAGAGGAAGAGGGAUUUAAUAUUCACAUAAGGCGCAGCUUGAGAGAUGUUUUCAGAAGAGUACCAACAGUUUAUGUAGAUGUGAGGGUAAUGAUUCCUACUGUCAGCACUUUAUUAUCAGUCUGAAUUAGAAAGCGGGGUACUUUCUCUUGGCUGGGUCAAUUCGGUACAAAAUGUUAUUACUUUCAAUCGUUGAGUUUUGUUUGGUAUUGAUAUAUUUUUUUGCACGAUGUUUCAUCCCAGGUCUAACAAAAUUAUUGUCUGCCACCCUAACACCCAAUGUGGAAGGGGAGAAGAGAGAUCAAGGAUCCCCUUCUUAAAAUGAUGAAAUAUUCAUUAUUACAAUUCGUAGUGAACUACAUGGAGUCAGAUCGAUGGUAUGCAGAUAUUGGCUGACCACUUUUUGUGGGUUGAGGGUAUUUUAGGUUGUGGGUUUAGGUAUCUUGAAACAUUAUCACAUCAGCUUGAGUCGGAUGAUUUCUGGAAUGAAUCUAUCAGAAAUUUUUCUAAUUUCUGGGGAAAGGGUGAUUAUCUGAUAGUUGACGUUUUGUCACUCGGAUUGAGUGGUUUCCAUCAUCAGUCCUUUGGGGGCUCAAGUCACUGCUAAGCACAAAACUGUGGGAAUCAAAAGGUGGAAGAUGAAGAAAGAUAAGAAAGUGAAAGCUUAAAUGGAAACAAAACAGUGGAAAGAAGAAAACAAGAACGAGAAAGUAUUUGAUGUUUCAUUGUAUUUCUACAUUUUUUUAAUAAAAUAAUAAGAUACAUUAUAAUACUAUUAAUAUAUCUAUGUCUUUGUUCUGUUUCUUAUCAAAAUUAGCCUUUUCCUUGUUAUUGGCCAGUAUGAUCUCACUUCAGAGCAACGGGGCCUGGCAGAUCUGAUCCUAUUAGAUUUACAGAGAAACCUUCAGACGGAUCUUUUUUUUCAUUUCAUUUUGGCAAGUGAGUUAUAUUUUUCAUUUUUUCUGCGAAAGUUACAUAUAUUUUUUUCUUGUUCAAGAAUAAUAAAUCUAUUCCAUCUAAACCAGAAGCAUUUUUUGAAAAUAUGUUUUGUAUACCGUGAUAUGAUAUCAUUCCUUCCAAACAAAUCACUCCAUCUAACUGUGCUCGAUAGUGAGUGAGAAACUGUGGGAUCAGCAGCAGUGACAGGAAAUGUUUGUAGAUAGAAGAGAGUAGAAAGUAUGAUUUGUGAGUUGUCUCAUUCUCAUUGGCAAUGUCUCUACUGAAGGUUGAUGAGAAUUUUCCUCGUAUGUUCUCACUACUCGCAAUAUCAUAGUUUCAAUUAGUCAUAAGGAAGUAUGGUGCUAAAUUGCAUGAUAGAAUAAAUUCUUAUUAUUUUAUAAACUUUCAAUGCAUAUUUGCCUUUAGUAUAUUUCUUGCUGUUUUACUCAUGUUUUACUUUGGUGUAAUUUCGCUAUCAUUUGUUAUAUCCAAUCUUCAUUGAUCUAGUACUCUUCCCUGUGAAUUUAAUUCCAUGAGUAUUUAGUUGCAGAUUAAGCCUGUUGCCUUUAGAUUAUUUGGUUUAUGCAUUUUCAUUACUAUGUUAUCUCGAUUUCUGCUACUGGUUGACGUUGCUGAGAUUUUACAUUGAAUGAACCACCUUUGUUUAGUCCACGAGUUGAUCAUCUAAAAUUGUGCAGGUUGGUUUAUUGCAUUGCAUUAUGUCUGACAAGGAGUACAAUGUAAUUCUGGAUUGUGUUUAUAUGAAUAUUUCUGAGGAACCUAGACUUCCUCCUAGCUUCCGUGAUGCUCCAAAGGACUCAAUGCGCAUUAUUGCUGACAAAGUCCAGCUUAAUAGUCAAAUCCUCCUGUCACGGACUAUUGCUAUAAUUUCUCUUGAAAUUCAUACUGCUUUGUUAGAUUUACGUAAUGGUCUUGAUGAGGAAUCUCAAUUGGCUCAUAUUGCUGUGAGUUUUCCAUCUUGAACUAAGUUUUCCUCCGUUCUUUCACCUUAAAUUAAUUUUUCCUCUUGUAAUUGGCUACAAUAAUUUAUCAGUUUUUCAUGCAUUUAUUUUAACAGCUGAAUGAUUGGUCACUGUUACUCCAUUUUUGCAGCUUGAAGGUCUCUGGUUGUCAUAUCGAACAACGUCAUUGUUUGAAACUGAUAUCUAUUUAACAAUUCCCAAGUUGUCAAUAUUGGACAUACGCCAUGAUACAAAGCCUGAAAUGCGUUUGAUGCUCGGCUCUUCUUCUGAUGUUUCUAGGCAAGGGAUAUGUUCUUAUCAUUCUAAGAUGUGGUCUUCGAAUGAUGUUUCUAACAGAUGCAUAGGACCUGUAGCUGAUGCUGAAACCCCUAUUUUGACCAUGUUGAUUAUGGACUACCAUCAGCGGUCAUCCUCCCAAUCCUUAGUUAUCCGCAUCCAGCAACCACGCAUACUUGUUGUUUUGGACUUUCUUCUUCCAGUGGUUGAGUUUUUUGUACCUGCUCUUGGUGUGGUGACUGGUAGGGAGGAAAUGAUGCAUCCAGAGAAUGAUCCAUUAACGAAAUGUGAGGACAUCAUACUGUUGGAAUCUAUCUAUUUGCAGCAAAGCAAUGUCGUAUAUCUUUCUCCACAAAGGCGAUUAAUUGUUGAUGGCUGUGGUAUUGACGAAUUUAUAUAUGAUGGUUGUGGUGGGGCAAUACAUUUGAUUACUGAUUCUGAGCUCAAAAACAAGUCUCCUGGAACUCUGCCAAUUAUCAUCUUAAUUGGGCGUGGUAAAAAAUUGCGGUUUAAGAAUGUCAAAUUUGAGGUAUAAUUGAUUUGCAUCUGUUUGAACUACCUUCUUUUAGUCUUUUUUUCUUGUUCACAGAAUUUCCAAAGCAUCAUGUAUCUAGUUGUUGAAGGAAAAUCAAUACAGUAACAAAGAGAGAAUAUUACUAAUACAAUAGUAUAACUAUAAGUUAGAUUUUUAUCAAACCUUUCUUGAUUCAAACCUUCUUCAGUGGCAUGUCUGCCCUAUGUCAACGAACAGAAGAUAAUUAAAAUAAUAACUUACAGACCGUUUCACAUACGUUGAGAAAGGAUCAGACUAUUUCAGAAGCUUUAUCAAUUUUCAGGGAAGUUUUAGUGCCCUGAAGAUAAGCUCUAGCUGUGCAUUUGAAAGAUAGAUACUUGAAGUUUGAUUUAGGUUAUCUUAUUUAUGUUAUUUAAUCAAGUUCUUGACCUAGGUCCGUGAGUUGUACACACUUUCUUCAUUCUCUUGAACUCGGCGCCAUUAGGUUGAAUUUCCCAGUGUUCAAUCAUUGUUUUUACGAAAUGUCAUGUUCUCUAAGUUAGAUCUUACUUUGAGUAAAUGUUUACAUACGUAAGGUCUUGACUUUUUAGGUCAUCUCAUUUGUUUGGCAGAAACGUAUAUGAUCUUUAAGCAUGUAAUUUUUUAAAUUUUUUGGUGCAUCAAAAUUUUAUAAGGAUAAAUGUUUGAGACACGAAAAAUUACAAUCAAUUUCUAAAACCAAGUAUUUUUUUAAUCUCGCCUGAAACUAUUGGGUGUUUGAUAUUGACUGGAUAAUGCGGUAUCUGCACCCAAUUUAGUGAAUUUGUUGCAUUUUGUACCCACUUUCCCUCCCUGUAUAUUCUUGUGUUGGUUUAAUUUUUUGGCAUUCUGUACGUGACAUGAGUUCUGUUUAGUUUUGUUUCUGAAGGAGUUUUGGGUUUUUCUGUUACCUCUUCAACUUUGCUAUCCUAACUAAUCUUUUAAGGUGUAAUUGACAUCUAUAACUCUUUUUCUCCAAACAAUGUACUGUUCUCUGUUUUAAGUCUCUUUCGUUUGAUAUUUAUGGAGUGAAAGUCUCACAAAUCGCGAAUGCUUGGGCACUUUGUCUGUUUUUUGACGGAUUAUUAUAUGGCUAACCAGAAUGGUGGACUACUAAGAAGUUGUACCUACCUCGGAAAUGACAGCAGCUAUUCAGUCUCUGCCGAUGAUGGUGUUGAGAUCUCAGUGGUACACAGCAACUCUGCAACAGAUGAAGAAAGUCUAAUUGAAUUUAAAAAAGGUAGUCCAAAAUCAGCAGAUCCUACUACCGGCGAAAGGACUACAUCCAAUCAGAUGAAAAGCACUUCAUUUGAAAUUCAAGUACCCUCUUGUUCUUAAAAUUUUUCAGUUUGAUUAGGGUUUUAUUGAUGUUCUUAUCCUGUAUAUGUUAUUUUUGUUUUCACAGGCAUUCUUGCGUUUUGUUUAUUUGAAUGAUGCUAUGGUCAUUCAUGGCCCUAUUUACAUUUUUUCAUUUUAUGCUUUCUUGUCUAAAACUGCCGCUUGAAGAUAUUCUACCUCAUGAGUCCUCUUACUUCUUCAAAAGGGUGGCUGGUUUCAUCUAAUCAAGUCUAACAGCGAUUUGAUUAAGAAUAUGUACUUGGAUGACGUGCCUCUUGUGUUACGGUGUCUAGCACAUCUUUCCAGCUUAUAGGGUUCACCAAUAAAGAAUCGACUCCUGUAUUACAUACUCUUUGGAUGAGAAUCAGAAGCAAUAAAAGCACAAUCAAUAAGGGCUUUAGGUAGAAAUUUUUAUCUAGCUUUGUAUCAUCUACUGUCUGAUCCAAAUCUGUGGAUGAUUACUUAGUUUCUCCUUUCUUCUUUCCAUCUCUGUGCUCUUCCAUUCUAAAAGAUUCAAGAGGAAUAUUUUUAUUUUAGAGCCUCUCGCCUUCUACUGGCAACAUCUAAGAAGAGGAGCAGUAGGAGACACAGAAGAUACUGCAGCACCUAUUGACUCCCAUAUCUACCAGUCUCUAGCCUCAUCUAAUGUAUCCCUUAUUUCCCGCAUCUCACUUUUGCCUCCAGUACCGUCAGAGAAAACUUUAACCAGGCUUUUUCACCACUCUCCUUAUCUUAUUUAUUUAGUACCUACUCGCUCCACUUCUCAGCCAUGAUCCUUGUAUCGUUUCCAGAAUCGCCCAUUUUUAGUUUAAAUUGUUCAAUCUGUAUCAUAACUGCCUUUGCCCGUUUUGAUGUUCUUUUAGGAGGGGGAGCCCAUCCCUUAGAAAUAAAAACUGCUUUAAUGUAGAAACUUCAUUGGUAAUAAUUAUGGCUCUUUCUUGUGAAAAUGCAGCCUCCUCGUUGAAACGGGUUUUGAAGAAACUUUUAUCCCUGCCAUAUCCCAUCCUCUCUUUCGAAAACAGGGGAAGAGGACUCUUGUAGUGUGUUUCACAGUAGGAUCAUGUUAUUGUAUCUUCCUUCGCUCUGUUAACUUUAUGGAGUAAUAAUUGAGAUGCCUUCUGUCAUCGUCAUAACAUUUCUGCAGCUGCACCUUAAUGCAAUGAUAUCUGAAGUAAAACCUGUCUUGCAUUUGAAUUAACGUCUGAAUUAAUAUCUGAAGUAACAUUCAUUCGUCUCAUCGAGGCAAGCAUUUGACUUCAAGUGAUUCGGCCUUUCUGAUUUUAAUUAAAAGUAGUUCAUUAGAGCUGUCCCACGUAUAGUGGUCGAAAUUAAACUUAUGGUUACUAUGGGAACAUUAAAUUCUCAUUGCCAGAAUGUUUUGAGUUGGACGGCCCAAUUCUUUCGCAUGGUGUAGUGGCUUCAGCCUCUAUUAUUGGGCUGUACACAUCCCAUAUUGAUUCUCCUCUUGGCAGAACCUAAAAGAAAAGGUUUGCACAUGAGAGACAUUAGUGAUUAAAAUAUAUAGAUAUAUUCCACUCCUUGCCGAUUAGCUUUCACUACGGGACUCAUCCACUUAUUCUUCUUAUCUAGUUCUUUGGAUGUUCUUCUUGGCGUUUAAAAAUUGUCUAUCCCUCUCUUCAGAAGUUUUUUCAUUCGCUUUUGUUCUCAUAAGAGCUUCUCUGUGCUUCAGAUGUUCAUGUUGCAAAUUUCAUUGGAAAUGUAUGACCAGCAUGAGCAUUGUAAUGGUUGAUUACUGGUUUAGAUGAGGAAGUAGGUGCUUUAUGGUUAUGAAAUAUGCAUAUUUGUGAAGUGUUCUAUUUAUGCAGGUUGUAUCUCCUGAAUUCACGUUUUACGAUAGCACAAAGUUGUUUAUGGAUGAUUCAUUGCUGGUAGAAAAGCUUCUCCGAGCAAAAUUGGAUUUGAAUUUCAUGUGAGUUCCUGAUGUUUUAAAUUUUUUGGGAUUACUGUCUUUACCUUAUGCUAUCCUAGUCCUAUAAAUUGUCUAUGACCUCUGUUCGUAGAUUAGUUAUACGCCUGUGAAUGACAUUUACCAAUUUAUGGCUUGCUCUUCUCCUAUCUCCUCUUCUUCCUUCCUUCUCCACCUUCCCUCUCUGCUUCCCCUCAUGUGCCUGUCUUGGCUACAGAUUCGCAUCACCUAGACCAAUGAGUACGAAAGAUGGAACCCAAGCCUGGAAUCACCUAGACUAACGUGUAGUAUGAGAGAUGGAAAUAGCCAUGGUCAUGCUGGACUUGGUUUCAUAUGCAUUCUCCUUUCCACCUCAUUAGUUUCCCUCUUUUGCUAUGGAGGGAAUGUUAUGAGUGUUAUCUAAAUGUAUGAAUGUUAUGAUGCUCCCAAAAUAUCACUUCCCCAUGAGCUGACCAAUUCAGCUCCCAGUUUAUGCUUAUGCUUAUCUAAAUCCACCUUAACCCAACUCUACUUAGAUGCCUCCUUAAUGGUUUUUGCAAGUAUAGACAUGUUAUGAUGUUCAAAUUGGUCAACCCUUGUGACUUGGAUAACUGAAUUUAGCAGUGGAAUCAUAACCAAUGUCUUGGUGGAGUUUGAUAACCGUGAAAAUCUGUGUAAGCAUUGACUGCCACUCCUAGAAUCAUGAGAUUUGUGCAUGACAUUCCACUACUCACCCUGGUUACUAGUAGCCUGCUAUAUUUUUGUUUUAUUUUCCUUUUUGUUAGUGAGGGUUUCGUAAGCCUUUAUAAAUAUUAAUAUCUUCCUUUGAUCCUGCCUGAUUUAGGCAAUUGUAUUUCAUAACCAAUUUUUGGUGGGUUCAAACCGAAAUUAUUCGAAAGUGGACCUUAGUGUCUACUAGUUUCAGGUUGUGCUCGCUUGCCUUAUGUACUUUUCAUGCACCAAUUUCUUUAAAUUGCAAUUAUCACAUCUUUGUUAUAGCUAAACAAAAAACUAUUUUCAUUUCCCAGAGAGCAGAAUUAAUAUCUAGGCAUUUUAAAAUCACUAUCCAUAUGAAAGAGCUAAUUGUCUUUAAUAUGUCACCAAAAGCAGAAUUAUAUAGAACAUUGCCAUAUCGUGACAGAAGUAUCAUCUUUUGUGCUACAAGUCAUCUUCUGCUCAUUUUUAGGAUGUUGUCCAACUAUGUCACAAAACUUUUGCAUGCCUUUUAUGAUUUUUUCCUGGUGUCGUGAUUUGAAUAAAAAUGAUGACAUUUUUUACAGAUUAAGACUUUGAAGGACGUACGAAUUCCAUUAUUGUUUUUACGUCAAGAAUGUGAUAAAGUUAUCUCUAUCUUUGGUCUUUUGUUUUAUAGACUUCUGAAGCCUGUUAUCAAACCCAGUGUGUAGUUUCACAUCCCUUACUCCUAUCUUUUUCUCACUGAUGUUGGAUACUAUGAUAACAUUUCCUAGAUUCGCUUGUUGGAAAUUAUUAAUAGUCACUCCAUGUAAGCAGGUAUGCUGCAAAAGAAAAUGAUACUUGGGUUCGGGCCCUUGUGAAGGAUCUCACAGUUGAAGCUGGUUCAGGUCUUAUGGUCUUGGAUCCAGUAGAUAUUUCAGGGGGCUACUCUUCUACAAAGGAUAAGACGAAUAUAUCAAUUAUUUCAAGUGAUAUAUUUAUACAUCUUUCACUGAGUGUUGCCUCUCUUCUACUUCAAUUGGAAAACCAAGCUAUGGAAGCACUGCAAUUUGGCAAUGCAAACCCACUGGCUACCUGUUCCAACUAUAAACAAUUAUGGGUUUCCAAGAGAGGUCGGUCUAUGCCAUUCGAGACAAUAAUUGGAUUUUAUGGCCGCGAACCUAGUUCUAAUUUUGUUUUUAUCACAUUUUCUUAACGUUGAUGGCAAGUAAAAUGUCUUCGAGCUAAUAAAGGGAUUCUAUGACUUGGCUACCUUUUCUCUGCUGUUUUCUUAUUCAAGACAUCUGACAGCGUAGAUUUUGGCAAUCUUUCUAUUACAGGAAACACUUCUACUUAUAAUCUGACGUUUUGGAGGCCCCAGGCUCCGUCAAACUUUGUCAUCCUUGGUGAUUGUGUGACUUCUAGGUAAACGCUGAAAAGAAAUGGGUAUUCUAUAAAAAAAAUUCAUUUUCUCGUGUUUGUCCCAAAAGAGUUAAACCUGAUCAAAAUCAAGAUUAUAUUGUUACUAUGAAGAUUUUUUAUGCUUUAUCUGAGAAGAUGGUUCCUUUAUGGCAACUUCUAGCUUUUUUUCCAUGAGUUGCAUCCAGCUCACACAAAAUUCAUGUUGUAUUGCAUUAUUUCUGGUCAACCCAUACUUUGAACUAGUUUCGGUAGGAACAUAGGAGAAGAAGACAGGAGGUACACGAAUUUCUGGAAAGUAGUAAGCAACAUGUGCCAAAGAGGGCACAAGAUAUAAAUAUAUGUAUACUUUUGUGGAUUGGCGAAGAAGGAAAAUUGAAUAUCAAAAUCUACCAGACCCCAGUGAACACACAAGUUUACAGUAAAAUUCUCCAUACUACUCCUUAACUAACUGGGAGUCGCAAAAAGGAUGAAUUGCGAGUUUCAUAUGUAUUGUAAAUCAUCUUUAUUAUGUCUCAGUACUGCUAUGUAUUUUGAGGAUUUCUGGCAUAAAGAGUGAAUGCUGUGUUGCUUGUUUUUCUUUUAUUUUAUUUAUUUCUAUUUUUUGAGGUUUUUAUUACACCAAUACACGUUACACACUUAGCUAAUUUUUUUAUUAAUGGAGUUCUGUACAAAGUCAAUGUCCUGAAAGAAGCAGCCUAGUGCUGUAUUCCGGCAUAUCAACAUAUACUUUAGAAGCCCGUACUGAUAGGUUAUGAGGAUAUUAUCAAUGCGUUUCAAUGUAUUUUCUCGAUACCAGUGACAUAAGGGUCACCCUUACCCUGUUUCUGCAGACCAGUACCUCCAUCACAGGUUGUAAUGGCUGUGAGUAACACAUAUGGCCGUGUAAAGAAGCCUGUUGGAUUUAAGCUCAUUUGUUCACUGUCUCAUCUACUAAGGAUGGAAGGAGAGUGUAGUACAGAUGCUAACAAUGAGUGCUUUCUAUGGAUGCCUGUUGCACCACCUGGGUACUCAGCACUGGGAUGUGUAGCACAAAUUGGAAGUCAGCCCCCACCAAACAACGUUGUUUAUUGUAUUCGUUCUGAUCUCAUGUCAUCAACAACAUUUUCAGAUUGCAUUUUCAGCGUUCUGCCAAAUCAGAGGUAUACUGGAAUUAUUUUUCUGAUAUUUUAAUGUUUCUUUUUUUGACAAGCUAUGUUUUCUACAGCCGUCUCUCUGGAUUUAGCAUUUGGCGUGUUGACAAUUCUGUUGGUUCGUUUUGUGCACAUCCUUCAGUGGAUUGCCCUCCAAAAGUAAAUUGUUUAGAUUUGCAUCAGACACUACUCAGCUAUUCAAAUAUGCGCAUAGCGAUGAAAUCUAUCUCCAAAGACUCCCUUGGUCAUGGCAAAGAGGAAAAUAAUUGCAGUUACAGGUCAUCUGGUUGGGAUAUUGUGAGGUCACUUUCGAAAUCGAGUUGCCUCUCUAUAUCAACCCCACAUUUUGAAAGAAUGUGGUGGGACAAAGGUUCAGAAUUUGGCAGACCUGUUUCAAUCUGGCGGCCACUGCCACGUCCCAGCUUUUCUGCACUUGGGGAUUGCAUUGUUGAAGGGUAUGGACUUUCAUCCUCUCUUUAUCUUUAGUGCAUGGCUUUCUCACUGUUAUAUUUUAGUAACAAAGUAUUUCAUUCCAGGUUGGAGCCGCCUGCUUUUGGAUUAUUGUUUAAAUGCGAUAAAUCAGAGCUAUCUGCUAGGCCAGUGCAAUUUGCCAAGGUUGCGCACAUAAUUCGUAAAGGACUUGAUGAAGCAUUCAUUUGGUACCCGAUUGCUCCAUCUGGCUAUGUGUCCUUGGGCUGUGUGAUUACAAGAACUGAUGAGUUACCCAACAAAGAGUUAUUUUGUUGUCCUAGGAUGGAUAUUGUUAAGCAAACGAAUAUCGCUGAGAUUCCAAUCUCCAGAUCAUCCAGUUCCAAGGGGUCUAAUUGCUUGAGUAUCUGGAAAGUUGAAAAUCAGGUUUUGGCUUCCAGCAAUCGCUUUUUCCACUGUUCAUCUCAUCAACCUGAAGGAUUCUAAGAGUUUCUCUUUUUCCACGCUAGAAUUUUUGGUUUGGGUUCUAGUGUGCAUAAUUUCUGUAGAAAUGGAUGUCAUAAUUUUAUCACUGUGUUGUUGCAGGCCUGCACUUUCCACGCAAGUUCUGAUCUGAAAAAACCAUCAAAUCGUCUGGCAUACAGCAUUGAGGAUUCCGUAAAACCUAAGACACGUGAAAACAUCAGUGUUGAGAUGAAAUUGGGAUGCUUUUCGCUCACUCUACUUGACAAUUUAUACAGAAUGGUAUAUACCUUUUGUCAGGGCCUAAUUUUUUACGUUCCUGGACCAUAACACCUACUUGUUGAUUACCCGAUUAUUUUUCAGUUGACACCACUUCUAGACAUGACGAUUACGAAUAUCAAUCUUGCAACACAUGGACGUCUGGAUUCUAUAAGUGCAGCACUAGUCUGUUCGAUUGCGGCAUCCACAUUUAACAGACAACUAGAGGCCUGGGAGCCCCUUGUUGAACCAUUUGAUGGGAUAUUCAAGUAAUAUUAACCUUUGAGCUAGUCUCUUUUUUUUUUUCGUGUUUGGCUUGGCACAUCUCUUUUCGUUGGCUUAUAACUUUGCUUUGUGCUUCUCUUAUAGUUUUUUUUGGCAUAUUUUAUCUUAUGUGUAAUCUUCAAAGCAUUAAAUUAAUAGUACAAGUAUUUGCUGAAGGGUGGAAACAUUUAAUAUGAAUGAACAAUCUCCUCCAAGAUUUGGUAAACGCUUGCGUGUUUCAACUACUACUCCUGUAAAUGUCAAUGCCAGUGCUGCAAAUCUUGAAUCAAUGACCGAAUCCAUUAUGUCAUGGAGAAGACAAAUGGUUCUCGAGCAAAAAAGCUGUCAGAAAAAUGAGGUUAGUUCUGACAUUUAUCCAAAAUAUGUAUCUUCUAAUGGCAUAAUCCAGGUUGCUGACUGUUGUACCAUCAUAACAGGAGCCUGAUUUACACUCUAGCUCCAUCAAUGGCUUAAUGUCCUCGGCACUCGAAGAAGAUGAUUUACAGAGAGUGAUUGUUGAGAAUAAGCUGGGAUGUGGUGUUUAUUUAAGAAAAUUGGAAAAAAGUCCCGAAACCAGUGAAUUGUUACAACAUGAUGAACAAGUUUCAGUUACAAUUCCGCCUCCUAGGUUUUCAAAUCAGUUGAAUUCUGCUGAUGCAUCUAGGGAAACUCGUUAUUAUGUUGCCAUUAGGAUAUUUGAAGCCAAGGUAUAAGUUUUUCUUGUUUAGUGGUCUACGAUGACUCUGAAAUUUUAUUGUAUUCCGUAUGAGAAAUAUUACCGUCUUGCAGGGGUUACCUAUCCAAGAUGAUGGCAAUGCUCAUGAUUUCUUUUGUGCAUUGCGAUUGGUAGUCGACAUGGAGGCAGCAGAUCAAUCCAAGAUAUUUCCACAAAGUGCAAGAACUCGUGUUAGACGAGUGGUUUCUCAAGAGAAUGAUGAGACUGAGGGACUGGUGAAGUGGAAUGAGGUCUUUAUUUUUGAGGUUCCUGAGAAGGUAAUGUCUCAGAUCUGAUUGAUGAUAUGGCUUCCGUCUUUUGAUGUGGUAAUUUAGAAGUUUCAUAUUUCAUGAUAUUUAAUCAGAUUUAAUCUUUCAUAUUCUACAGACGUUAGUAAUCCUUUGGCAGAUACGGAUUUGAUUGACUUCAUUUUUCUGACUUCUCUUCUAUGGGUCACUUGAUAGUUUAUUUUUUAUUGCGGUUGAUAACCUUUUAUCUGACGUGAAUUUGUUUAAUUUGUCUUGGUUUCCUAGGCUUAAUUUGUUUAAAUAGUCUUGGUUUCCUUGCCUUGUUGAUUGAGAAUUAUCAUCAGAAUUUGUUAACUUGUGGUCAGAUAUGCAUUAUGGUGUAUAUGUUUUAGCUGUCAUCUAUGGUAGUGCAGAACAGGUUAGCUUUUCAGUGGUGACAAAUGCAUCCUGUGCUGAAGGGAGUUUCGAAUUUUGAACACGUUACAAUUGUUGUCAUUUGCUUUGCUCAGCAGCUCAAUCUCCAGUGUUCUCUCAAAACUAUAGUUCGUAAUCAAUUCAUAUUUUUUAUUAAUCUUAGGUUCCUAAGUCUGACGCAUGAGCUAUAGAUUUUCACAUCUUUCUCAGAACCAUGAGUUCUCUUUUCGGAACUAGAAAAAUCGCGGACCAAAAUUUUAUGUCACAUGUAGGGCUACGCUGCAACCUUUUAGUCAUAUUUAGUUGUACACAAGAAAGAAGAGAGACAAAUCCAGAUAUAGGCUUAGUUAGUGUGCAUCUGCCUUUUCUUAAGUUUGUUCCCUGGUAAUGGUUAUCAUUCGUUGUAUAUUGUGCAUACUUUUUUUAACAUUUCUUAAUGUCUUCGUUUAGCUUAUGUUUGCGAUUAUUCAGAAAUAUUAUGCUUCUUUUGCAUCAUAUUAUUUUGACAAUUGAUAUUUUGUCAUUAUUGUAAACUGAGCUCUAUUCUUCCUUUGGGAAUAUUAGUAUUUUAUGCAAAGUUGUAAAAAAUGUAACGUUGCAUGAUAUUUUUCAGGUUAUGGCAAAGGUAGAAGUAGAAGUUACAAAUCUUGCAGCAAAAGCAGGAAAAGGUAUUUUGUGCUGAUCCUUUGGCACCAUAUGCCAAAGUUACUGACAAGUCAUGAUAAAUUUUCGUUUUCUUUUAUCAGCUUGAAGAAUGUUGAAGUUCCCAUGGAUGCCACAAUACUUUCGGCUGUUUAUUCGUUCAUUUUUCUAUUCCUUGGGAAUUUCAUCGUUUAAAUAAAAAGGAAAAGAAACAUCAAGCCUUGUGUGGCCUCACUUUUCUUGCUCUUAGUAUAAUUUUUCAGUGACUCCAAGAUUUUUAAUGAGAUGGAUUCCUAGUUUGCCUGUAAUCCAAUCUUACCUGACAUGAUAUUAUGUACAAAUCAAUUCAUGUAUUAUCUUUGUUGUGAAGCCAUUAGCCAAACAUACUCGCCAUCUUUAGUUUGUAAUCUAUUUCAUUAAUGAAAAAUCCACAUCCUGCACUCCUAUUUUACUUUAUUUAUGACAUUUUGUUAAUUCGGACGAGAAAUUUCCAUGCUGAAGGGAGGUGCAUGGCACGGGGUCAUUGAGAUCAUUUCUGUAUAAUGGGAAUAGGUCAAGCUACCAGCAUUAUUGAUAAUUUAAUCAACGUUUGUAUUUAUGUAAAUGCGUUACAAGGUAUCAAAGUCAUCUCGGAAAAAUUCUAAAUUAGCCUAGAAUUGUCUAUUUUAUAGGAAAUUUGAACACGAACUAACCAUGGAUUUCUUCCCUAACAUAUGAAAGGUAUUACAGUGGAAGGUUUCUACAAUCAAAAAAUCCAGAUUCCCUUGGAAAACAUUUAAAGUCAUUUAUGUCAAUACAUAUUUCUCAUUCACUUAAAUCCAGCGUAUGAUUGUCCAUGCUACACUGUUGUAUAGAUGAUGUUCUUAUAUUGUGUUGUUUUGGAUUGGCAAACAUUAAGAAAACUAUCUGAAUGCUUGAUGUUUCAAGAAAAAAGCCUACUGUAGUUUUAUGGAUUAUGAUGACCACAUCACUGUUUUACACCUUUUCUUUGUGGGGAUCUAUUGUUGGGUGGUGGAAAGACUAUACUGAGAAGUAUUGCUAGUGGAUUGACAAGCCCAAUUCCCAUGGUGGUCACUAGAUUAAAAGGUGAAGGAGAGAUACUGAUCCCUCACAGAACUUGAGUUUUAGCAUAAUGUUAUAGGCGCGACCUUGUAAAAAUAAUAAUCUUUCUUGACAAUCAACCACAACUUCAAACAUUGCUGUUCAAGAAUUACAAUUUUAAGUCUUCAAACGGUAGCAAUUUGUAAAUUGAUUGGCCUUCGUUUAAAGUAAUUUCAAAAAUUUAUUCCUAGACUAACUCAAAGGUUCUAAACUCUUUAAAUUGACAUAAGGUUCUGAAACCAAAAACGAAAAGUUUUAGGGUAUGUGUAAAUGGUUCGUCUGAAAUAUAAAAUGGUACAAAAAAUAUAAAUUUUACCUCUGACAAGUUGAUUGAUCAAUAGCAAUCAUUCUAUGACCAAAAUCAGACCUACUACGUUUUCCAAAUCUCUCUAAGUACUCCACUAGGUUUUCAAAACUUAUGACACAUUAACUUUCUUGAAGUACUGAUUAGAUUCUUACAGGCUGCCUUUCUCAAGAUAUCAACUAGACUUGAAUUCCAAGUGUUGACAGACAUUCACCACAAUUGUCCACACCAUAACCGACAGUCUUUUUCUAUGUCAACAGAAAAGCUCUUUACUUAAGAAUGUGUGUCGACUACAAGAUUGUGUGUCAACUACAAGAGUUUACUUAAGAAUGUGUGUUGACUACAAGAGUUUACUUAGUUUCUUUGAAACUUCAACAGCCAUUUUUAUUUAGGAUUAUUAGUUGUUUAGUAAUCACGGUACACUGAUUUACCUUAUCAAAAUUUAGUUCAUUCCACGUAAGAAAAUGGUUUAAAUUACAAACCGUGAAUAUUUUUAGGUUUCAAAAUUCAACACUUUUGAUUUCAGGUUGAUACGUAUAUUUUUGUUUCUUUUUUAUACCCUUAGGUUUCGGUGCCUAUCUUUCUUGACUAAUAUAGUACCCUCAAGAGUUAAUUUUAUUAGGUUUCUUGCCUUUUGUUUUACUUUUAAGUGUUGAUGUUACGAGAUACAGUGGAAGUAGGAAAGGAAAACUGACUUAGUCCUUAUGGCAGUAUGUCAAUAUUUAUAUUGGCAUCUAAUGGACCUUUCUGGUAUUACGGAAAGGUUUAAUAAUGGAAACACGAAAAAAAGAAAAUACAUCUAAUAAGAGGACAGAAAGGUAAAAUAGAAGGAAAGCCUAAUAUAGAAGACUUGUUCUGCAUAACACUCCCCCUCAAGUUGGUGUAUGGAUAUUGUUCAUGCCCAAUUUACUCCUUUGAUUGCAGAACUCUGAUGCAGAAAUGCCCUUAGUUAAUAUAUCAGCCAACUGAUUUGUAGAUUAGGCAUACUUUGUGCAAACCAUCCCUAAUUCAAGUUUCUCUCUAAUAAAAUGUCUGUCUACUUCAAUGUGUCUGGUCUUGUUAUGUUGAAUUAGAUCAUGUGCAAUACUUAUUGUAGAUUGAUUGUCACAGAACAAGGUAAUUAAAUCUCCCAUGUGUAUUUAUAAGUCAUUUAGCAUACUCUUUAUCCAAAUGACUUCACAAAUCCCAAGGGCCAUAGCCCUAAAUUCCGCUUCAGCACUUGAUCGAGCCACAACUUUCUGUUUUUGGCUUUGCCAAGUAACCAAAUUUCCUCCAAUGAGACAAAAAUAUCUAGUAUAAGCUAGAACUCAUUGAGCAGCUUCAUGAUGCACCUCCAUAGGGUCAUGCAUAUAUUGGCUUAGCACUCCAAUUGAGUAAGCAAUAUCCAGUCUAGUAUGGGAUAGAUAAAUUAAUUUUGUCACUAGCCAUUGGUAAGAUUCAUCCACUUGAUCGCUCUCCGUUGAAGCCUCAAUACAAUGUUUUGCUUCAAUUGGUGUACAAGUUGGUUUAUAGUUACUCAUUCCUGCAUAUUUGAGUAAAUCAGUAAUAUAUUUUCUUUCAGAUAGGAAUAAAUUUCCACAAUAGUAGGGUACCUCAAUUCCCAAGAAGUAUUUUAGUUGUCCCAACACUUUGAUAUCAAAAACAGCUAUCAGUUGUUUUUGAAGACAAGUGAUUUCUUACAUAUCAUCUCUAGUGACAACCAUGUCAUUGACAUAUACUAGUAAGAUCGCUAUUUUUCCUGAACUCAAUCACUUAUAAAAUAAAGUAUGAUCUCAAUUAACUUGCUUGAACCCCCAAAGCUCUCAUUGUUUUGGUUAAGCGGUCAAACCAGGCUCUUGGUGACUGUUUUAAGUCAUAUAAUGCCUUCUUAAACCUGCAUACUUUUAGAAUAUCAUUUAGUCUUUGUACCCUGGUGCAAGAUCCAUAUAUAUUUCUUCUGAGAUUUUUCCACGCAAAAAUACAUUUUUCUCAUCAAAUUGUAAUAAGGAUCAUCCAUAAUACACAGCCAAAGAUAUUAAUAUCCGAACCGUUCCAAUUUUCACAACUGGAGCAAAGGUCUCCACAUAAUCAAUACCAUAAUAUUGGGUGAAGCCUUUUGCCACCAGUCAAGCUUUAAAAUGCUCAACAGUCCCAUCAAAUUUAUACUUAAUAGUAUAUACUCAUCUGCAACCCACGAUUUCUUCCUUUUAGGAAGUAGCACGAGUUCUCAAGUUUGAUUCUUCUGUAGAGCUAGCAUCUCUUCAUCCAUUGCUUUUUCCUAUAGGGGGGUCCUUAAAGCUUCAUUAGUGUUUUGUGGAGUAUCGUGUUUAUCAAUAGUUGACAUAAAUGACAUGUAUUAGAGAGACAAGCGAUGAUAUGAUACAUAAUUGCAGGAUGGAUAUACCUUCUUUGUACAUUCUCAGUAGAUUUGCGGAGAGCAAUAGGGCAAAUUUCAUCACCCUGAGUAAUGAGAAGGUUCCGUUGAUCAAUCAGUGAUCUGUCACAUUCAAUAAUAGAAUCAUGGGCAUUUACUACAUCAGGCAGACCCUGUUCAUGGGCAUCUGCUGCGUCAGGCAGAUCCUAUUCAUGGGCAUCUGCUGCAUUAGGUAGAUCCUAUUCAUGGGCAUCUGCUGCAUUAGGUAGAUCCUACUGAUGGGCAUCUGCUACAUCAGGCAGAUCCUGAUCAUGGUUCCCUCUGAUUAUCUUUGGCUUUCUUUGAUAAUAAUUUCGACCAAAUCGAUGCUGAAGGUGCUGGUAUCGUUUCAGGAGUUUCAUUCUCCUUGAGAAUCUUAAUGUGUAAAUCGUGUUUUUCUGGCACAACAAUAUCACAACUAGAUACUUGAUUUGUUAUCUAUUGAAAAUACAUGUUACUUUUAUCAAAUGUGACAUUUAUUCUCACAACUUUUUUUUUCAGAUCUUAGGUCAUAAAAUUUAUAUCCUUUCUGUGUAUUGAAAUAGCCCACAAAGACUAGGAGCAAAUUUAGACAAUCCAUUUUGAGAUUGGUGGAUGUAUGCAAUACUUUCAUCGAAGAGGUAAAUCUGGUCCAUAUUGCACAGUCGGAUAAUAACCUUGCAAUAAGGCUUUGGGGGUCUUAAAUAAUAAUGCUUUUGAUGGGAGACGAUCAACAAGAUGAGUGGCCAUUAGUACUACCUCACUCUAUAAGUACUUCAGCACUUGGGUUUUAAACAUGACAACCUUUGUUAUUUUCAAUAGUUGCCUAAUCUUUCUUUUCGCUACCUCAUUUUACUGGGGUAUAUAAGGGAAAGAAGAUUCAUGAAUAAUGCCCUCCUCAGCAAAGAAAUUGGAGACAAUAGAGUUGAAGAAAUCCUCAACAUUAUCUGAUCGGAAUUUCUUAGGGGUUAUGCUGAACUGAUUUUGAAUUAGUUUGAUAAACCUCUGAAUAACACUGUUGGCUUUUGAUUUUGUUUUCAUUAGGUAAAUUCAUGUGAACCUAGUACAAUUAUCUUCAAAGAUGAUAAACCAUCUAUCCCUAACACCACCGGAAGGACCCAUAUAUUAGAAUGCAUUCUGUAAAAAAGGGAUUCACAUUUAUUUCCAACAGAGACAAAUGAAAUUCAUUAUUGCUUAGCAUUUGAGAUGGUUCACAUAUGAAAGUAGAUUCACCAAUUGCACGACAUAGUUUUGAAAACAAGUAUCGAAGUACUUUUAUAGAGAGAUGUCCUAAACAACAAUGCAACAAUAGCAAUUUGUUCAAAGGAGAAGUAGAAGCAAAGGUGGAAAUGUUUGGACUAGAAUUUGUCAACAUCUUGUUCAUACGCCCUAUGUAGUAGAGCUCAUCUCGUGCUCUAACAUGCCCAAUUCUCUUGCUUGAGGUCUUGUCAUAGAAGAAACACAAAUCGUUGUCAAAUAAUAUUAGACAAUUUAAGUCUUUACCCAAUUUUCUCAAUGAUAAUAGAUGUGCAUUCAAUCCUAGAACAUGAAAAACAUAUCUUAAUGACCCUAAUUUCUCAAGAUGAAUUGAUCUAGUGCCAACUACAGGUAGCAAAUCUCCACUUGCAAUAAUAACCUUUCAAUUAUUGGUACAUACCUCAUAUGUUAUAAAUAGUGAUGCAUAUGGUGUCAUAUGAUUGGUAGCUCCAGAAUCAAUGAUCUAGGACAUUUAGGAAAAUGCUUACUAGCAUGUGCGAGGGAAGUAGAUCUGAUCAUGUUCCUCAGUUGUUUAAUUUCUUCUUUGAGUUUUCCAAUCUCUGAAAUCUGAGAGGAAGUUGAUCUGUCUUGACUAACUGUUUGUAUCAUGGGCUCAACAGCAUCUUCAUUUUGAGCAUUAGCCAAAUACAACUUACCAUAAUUCAGUGGUUUGUCAUAGAUCUUCCAGCAUGUCCCCCUAGUAGACGAUUUCUCUGACAAUAAGUGCAAAAUAGGUGUGCCUUCAGAUCAGUCUUGGGUUCUCUUUUGAUGAAUGGUAUUUUACCAUCCCUCUUUUGAAAUCGAGAGGUAUCUUUAUUCUUGAGAGUGUUGAAUGGCUAAUGCAAUUGCCUCUUCAAUAUCUGGUACUACUUUCCUAGCAAGAAUUUGAUUUACUAGUCUCAUACUCUAGAUGUUGCCCCAUCAGAAACUUAUACAGCUUAUCUUUUAUGAUGUAACUUCUUUCUUCAGUAUCAGGGUUCUUGAUUAGUCUAUAGUGGUCGAUUUCUCUCUAGAUGGAUUCUAAUUUGCAAGUAUAUUCUAGAAUAAUCAAUAUUCCUUGUACCACAGUUAAUGAUUUAUGUACCAAUCUAUAAAUUUGGGAUUUGUUAUGUCUAGUGGAGUGAACACAGUGGAGUGAACACAAUCAACUUUGUCUCAUAAUUCCUUCACAGACUUCAAGAAAAGGAAUCUAUCACUUAUCUUUGGUGAAAUAUUAUCCAGCAUCCAAUAUUGAAUCAGUGUUUCUUCUUCUUUCCACUGAAAUAUCUAGAGUUGUCAAUACUUGAUGAGGAUUGUGUCUGGUGACGAUCCAGAUUCCCCUCACGUACAAUAAGUUCCACAUAUGAUGUCCAUUAAAACAAAUUGAUUCCAUCAAAUCAAAAUCUCUCAGCAAUGUUAGAUAGGUCUGAACAUACCUUAAUUACUUCAAAUGAAUGUCGUGGGCCAGAGGAGGAAGAUUCACUGACCUUUGUCUCCAUGUUUUGCAGCCAUGAGCAAAUAGUUAAAAAAAAAUCCAAACAGAAAUUCUCUGAUGUGGUACGAAUAACAGUUUCUGUUCAAGAAAUUGAGGAUGACUGCCAUCGUCAAGAAACGAUGAUGGUGUAUUUGCAGACGUCUGCCACCGUCAAGAAAUGAUGAUGGUGUAUUCGUAGAUGUUCGUCACCAUCAAGAAACGAUGAUGGUGUAGUGACUCUCCGAAGAAUCUGCCGGUUUGCAUACGACCAAAAAACCUCACGAUUUCAGGUACUGCAAAUAGGAAGAAGAUCACCAGGUGACACUGCCUACAGCAUAGAGUCAUCGUCACCACCAAAGUUGGUUGAUCUCCCAUCAGUGGUCUUCAUUUAGGAUCAGAGAGAAAACUCUGAUACCAUGUUACGAGAUACAGCAGAAGCAGGAUUGCUGAUGUCCAGGACGAGCACAACUUCUUCUAAUGCUAGAAGACCACAGGAAGACACCCGGGACAAGAGCAUGUCGUGAAAUCUCAGGGCAGUACACCAAUAUUCAUAUUGGUGUCUAAUGGACCUUUCUGGUAUUACGGAAAGGUCUAAUAAGGGAAACACAAAAAAAGGAAAUACAUCUAAUAAGAGGACAGAAAGGUAAAAUAGAAGGAAAGCCUAAUAUAGAAGACUUGUUCUGCGUGACAUUUGACACUUACAAUAUAAAUAUCAAUGCUUUGAGGGUUAAGAAUGUGUUUCCUAGCUUCUUUUAUUGUUGGGGAUCGACACUUUUAAUUCCCAAGUGAACACCUGGUUAUGGUUCACCUUAUUUUCAACAUAUAUUAUCUUACAUCUAUACAGGAUCGAUACUUAUAUUGUUGCCUUCAUUUUUUGGUUUUUUUUAUUAGGCUCUCAUCACAAAUUAAUACAGAAAUCUAUAUUUUUCAAUUAUCAAAAUAAAUCAGUUAGAUUCAAUGGUAAUCUUUUUUAUAUGAUCGUUGAAUCAACCGUCCAAUCACUGUCAUGAACUUGAGAUAUUACAGUUGUAGCACCAAUCAAGCAAACAUAAAAACAAUAUGAGUCAAUUCAUCUUUGUACUUGUUCAACAACUUGAGAUGACAUCUUGUAAGACAGGUAGGACCAUUGAUAGUAUAAAAUUACUGAUGAAACAAGCUGUCUAUGCCCUUUUCCCAAUAUCAUCAUUACUAAAAAAUAUGCUGUCUACUAUAGUUCAAGUAUCCCCUAGAAAUUUGACAGUGUAACACAGAUUUAGACAACUGUGAAACAUUAAUUGAAUAUACCAGUCUCAACUUAUCAUUUAUAUUCCACUUGUAGGAAAUAUUGUACAUUUUUCUAACAUAUCGAGUGUCAGUUACAUAAUAUUAUGAAAUCUUUCUUUAUUCAUCUGUCAAUGUGCCUUUCCAUUGAGUUACGGUCGCACAUAAUUCUUAAUGGAUUUGGAGCUAUGCAGGAAGAAAGCUACAGUGUUAUAUUAUGAUAAAUAUUUACUUUUAUAAGGAAACACUUAUGCCCAUAUUUCUUCGGUUAUACAGGUGAAAUGAUAGGUGCGUUGUCUAUCCCCAUAGGAAAUGGUGUUAAUAUACUUCAGCGUGUUGCUUCCAUCAGAAUGCUGCAACAUUCAGAUGUUAUCCAGAAGUCCUCUUCAUAUCCUCUUAGAAGCAAGGUGCAUUUGAGCUCUUUCUGUGUUUCUGUCUAUUCAUACAUGUAUAUGGACCACAUAUUUUACACAAUUUUCUGGUCUUUAUUGUCAGCUUUGCAAUGGAGGGAGUAUGGACUGUGGUAGUCUUUUAUUAUCUACCGCAUUCUUUGAAAGGAACAAUAAUGUAAAUUUCCAAGGAGAGAGGAGAAACACAGUCACCAGUGAUAGAGAUACUGGUUUUUGUAUUGGUCUUGACCCUAACGGACCAUGGGAAUGUUUUGGCUCGUUGUUACCGGUUGCAGUUGUUCCCAGAUCAAUCAACAAGAAAAAUUUCGCAUUUGAAGUUUUUAUUAAGAAUGGGAGAAAGCAUGCAAUACUGAGGCCUCUUGCAGUGGUUGUCAAUGACACAAAUAUCAAAAUGGAAGUAUCAACAUAUCCCAUCUCAAUGCUGCAUAAUUCUGCAUCAGGGCUUGGAAAUUGUACUACAACAGAGACAGAAGAAAUUUUCGAGAAUCAAUGUUAUCAACCUAAUUCAGGAUGGGGUAAUCCAGAUAGUUCUAGAAAUAGUGAUGUGGAACACUGGUCAACGAGAAACUUUUCUUUCUCAUCUAAGGUAAUCCUUCAUCCUUCUUAAAAUUGGGUUUGUGUUCUUUCAUGUAAUCUUUUGAAUUUUACUUUAUGCGAAUUGUGUUUGCUAGGAUUUCUUUGAGCCCCCACUUUUACCUGGCUGGAGAUGGACUUCCACCUGGACUAUUGAGAAAUCUCCUUUUGGAGAUAGUGAUGGAUGGGCCUAUGGUCCUGACUUUCAAAGCCUAAAAUGGCCUCCACGUUCUCCAAAAUCAUCUUCCAGGACAUCUCUUGAUUUUUUUAGACGAAGACGAUGGGUGCGUGAAAGGCAAAAGAUUGAAGACACUGAAGACAUGAGAAAUGUAUUUGGUGUACUAAUCCCAGGAUCAUCUGCCAUUUUACCAUGGUCAAGUAUGCAAUAUGAUUCUGAGCUUUGUUUGCAAGUCCGUCCUUGUGCUGAAUAUCCUGGAGAUGAAUAUCGCUGGGGUCAUACUGUUAAUCCAGAAUCUGGUUCCACCAGUCGCACUGAUCAAGCUGUGACAGACAGAAAUCCACUUUCUAGACAGAGUAGCACGAGAUACAGGAAUGCUCCCUUGACUUGUUCUGGUUUAAAGUUAGGUCAGCUUGAGAAGAAAGAUAUUAUCAUGUGCUGCCAUACUAGUUCCAGUAGUAGGCAGAAUUUCUGGCUAAGUGUUGGGACAGAUGCCUCCGUUCUUCAUACAGAUCUUAAUUCUCCUAUUUAUGAUUGGAAAAUUUCUAUUAACGCACCAUUAAAGCUGGAGAAUAAACUUCCCUGUAAUGCAGAUUUUGCUAUAUGGGAGAAAACUGUAGCAGGAAGUCUAGUGGAAAGACAUCGGGGUGUCUUAUUACCAUCCGGCUCUGAAACAAUCUACUCAGCAGAUUUACGAAGACCCAUUUAUCUCACUCUCUUUCUUCAAGGUGGUUGGGUUUUGGAAAAGGUAGUCUGUGAUAUUUUUGCAUGUUCCAUCUUUCAAAGGCUUCUGUUGUGAAAUUUUUUAUUUUUUCACCUGUUUGAUUCCGAUAUAUCUUUUGAUCUCAGGAUGCCAUUUUGAUUGUGGAUAUGUUCACUCUUCAACAUUCAUCAUCCUUUUUUAUUAUUCACCAGCAAAGUAGAAGGUAUGGUUUCUCUUCUGUCCCAUUUUAUUUGACGUUCAUGCUGCCAUUGAAGAUAGUGUGAAAAGUUUACUGCAAUUUGGCUUGAACAAACAACAUGUUAGGAUUCCUUUUAUACAUUGAAUUUUGAAUACUGAUGAUCAUUGAAGAACGCUCAUAAUGCCCCAAAAGUUAAAGUUUUCAUGCUUAGCCGUAGGGACAUGGAGCAUGUGACAGAUGACGAGGGAUGUUGGAUAACACUAUAUGGACGUUAUGUUUACAACAUUUUCACUUUAUUUGGCUUCAUAGUUUUCCUUGUAGUUCUGCUUCUCUAAUUAAUGAAUUUUCUUCGGACUGAAGAAUAGCACAUGCUUUGGGUAUGAUGCGCGUUACUAUGUAAUAUGAAUCGUCUUUCAUCAUUUUUUCUUGUUCCCACUCAUUAUAUACCUGUACCAAUGUAAAUAUUUGUAUAUAUUUUGUGGAAAUUGCAUUCACUGUACAUCUCAUCAUUUUCCUGAAACUUUUACAAAGGAUGCAUGUGGAGUAUCUAGAUUAAUCGGUAGACUAUAUGCAGGAAGUUGCGUGUAAACAUUGAACGUGACAUGGGAGGAACUGAUGCUGCUACAAAGAUUGUGAGAUUUUUUGUUCCAUACUGGAUCAGCAAUGAUACAUCUUUACAGCUUGUAUAUCAAGUGGUGGAAAUAGAGCCCUUGGGCAAUGUGCAGUCAGAAUCAGUUCCCAUGACAAAAACGGUUAAAUCUGCAAAGCUUCCCUUAAAGCAUAACUCAAAGAUGAUUGAUGCACACAUUCCUAUUCCAAGGAAGGACUCGCAGAUAUUAGAAGUGAUUGUGGAUUCAGGCGAAAGUUUUGUAAUGCUGUCUCCACAAGAUUAUAUGGGUCGAAAUGGGAUUUUACCAUUUUCUUCACGUAAUGAUCCAUCUCUGUCCCCACGUGUUGGUAUUGCCGUGGCUGUUCAUGAUUCUGAAUAUUUUAGCACAGGAGUAUCCCUGACUGAGCUUGAAAAUAAGGUAUAGUGUAUGUUUAAUCUUACCAUUGCUAAUUUAUAUAGCCUCCAUGAAUUGAUGAUACUAAACGUUUGUUUAGCCAUAUGAAAUAUUGAGAAGAUGUUGACUUCGACAGGGGAGGAUUGAUAUCAAGGCGUUUACUACAAACAAGGCAUAUUACAAGCUGUCAGCUCUUCUCACCAUGGCAUCAGACAGAACAAAGGUCAAGUUCUUCAUUUAUUCCUUAGUUUAUUUACGCCAUUAAAUCUCGAAAAUCUCUGAGGUUGCGGUUUGCCACCCUAUUAGAAUUGUAUUUAUGAAUAGAUUCUCACCUUCAUAAGGAUGAAACAUUUGCAUCUGGAACUAAUUAAAAAAAGGUCGGAAAAUUAUAUGGCCUGAACGGAAGCAGCUUGUUCUCAAUUCACGAUACAACCAAUCAAGGCCAUGCUAGUUCUUAUUUUCAGUGUCGCAUCCAUCUUCCAGAGAUGCAUUAGUAUAGCCAACAAUCAUUCUGCACUCAUGCCUCUUCAUGCAGUCACAUCCUCACACGAGCCUUUCCAUUCUUGGGAUAUGGUACUGUAAAUGAUUAAUGGAUAAAUGAAUUAAAUGGGUGUCUUAAGAAUACUCCCGCGCUGAUUUCUAAAAAAGGAAUGGGUUAUGAGAAUCGAACUACUUGUUAUGAGCAGAAGAUUCGACUCACUAGGAUUCGUUUUGAGUUGGAUGAUUCAAAUAGAGAUAUGCCAAUAUGCUUAUAUGUGAUACUUCGAUCUGUUGUCAGUCAUGGCUUCCAAACGCUCUAAUUUCUUUUCAGAUUCUCCAAUGGUGACAAUUCAGAUUUAUUCGAUCAUCAUCAGAAGCAUAUUUUUCCCAGAAUUGAAAUCCCUCAUUUUCCUUCUGUUAAAACAGGAGAAAAUCAUGUUCAUGGCCUACCCCCUCAUGUAUUGAUAUUUACCGAGAAGGAACAUUUCAAACUUUUAUCUGUCUCUUAUCAGAUUCAUCUGCCUGUUCUAUGUGAAUUACUAAAGUGUGGUAUCACCUGAAUCUGAAUCUACUCUGACGUAAGAUUUAAUGUCCAGGUUGUUCAUUUUCAGCAUAAAAUUUUGUUCGUCAACAGGAUUGGACAAAGAGUUUCCCUGAAGCAAUUCAAUUCUGAAUCUGAGGAAUGGUUUCACCCAUCGGAUCCUCCAAAAAUAUUUAAAUGGCACUCGACCUCCCAUACUGAACUAUUGAUGGUAAGUAUUUUCUGGUUUUUUUCGUUUAUGCAGGCGCUUGCGUUUUGGUCUGACAUAUUACACUAUUUUGUAGUUACAUAUAGAUGGGUACAAAUGGAGUUCACCAUUUUCUGUUGAGAAUGAAGGUGUAAUGUGUGUGAUAUUGAAAAAUGAUCUAGAAAACGAACAGAUGAAUCUCAGAGUAGAGGUUCGGACUGGAACACAGGGUUCAAGCUUUGAAGUCAUUUUCCGUCUUGGAUCGACAUUUUCGAGCCCAUACAGGUUAUAAAACAUACUUUAUUUUCAUUUAUACUUUUACCUUUGUGACUUUUUCUCACCUUGAAGGAUUCUGCAGGAUUGAAAACCGCUCAAUGUUCUUACCACUGCGUAUUCGCCAAGUGGAUGGUUCUGAGGACUCUUGGAGUUCUCUUCCCCCAAAUACUGCCAUUUCGUUUUACUGGGAAGAUCUUGGUAGACAACGACUAUUGGAAGUUCUAGUUGACGGAAGUGACCCAUCUAGCUCGGAAAAGUUCAGCAUCGAUAAAGUCAUUGAUCAUCAACCAUUGCAGAUUUCAGGUGGACGUGUUAGACCUCUGCGUCUUUCUGUUGUGAAAGAGGGGAAGAUUUUUGUUUGCAAAAUUAGUGAUUGGAUGCCAGAUGAUGAGGAAACAAUAAUCACUCAUGGAAGUGCACCGUUAACAUUGUCCUAUUCAUCUGGAAAUGAUUACAGCAAUGAGUCUUCCUCAGAGAGGGAACUUCAUGUUAUUUUGGAGCUUGCUGAUAUUGGACUAUCAAUUAUUGACCAUACGCCCGAGGAGAUUCUUUAUUUGUCAAUUCAGUUUCUUCUGCUGUCAUAUUCAACUGGUUCAGGAUCUGGCAUCAGCAGGUAAGAUUCUGCAAGCUCUUCUUUGCAUUGUUCGGUUUAUUUAGUGUACUCUUUUUCAUAAUUUUUUAUGACAAUCUAAACAAGGGUUACCCGGACUUUAUUAUUACCAGACGUGCUCAGACCCAGAAUUUAUCAAUCUUUUGUUGCUAGAUUAAAGUUACAGAUGCGUGGCAUCCAAGUGGAUAACCAAUUGCCAUUUACACCAAUGCCUGUCCUGCUAAGGAUGCAGAGAGUUGAGGAUCAUAUAAACUAUAUUCUUAAAUUUUCACUGACCAAGCAAGCAAGCGGUUCUCUUGACUUAUGCAUUUACCCUUAUCUCGGUGUUCAGGUACGGUGAUACCAAUCCUUGAUUACUGUCUUUAAUGCACGUUGGUGUUUCCAUUUUCUUUUAACGAGGUGACCGUUGUAAAUACCCCUGUUUGUUCUCCAAAUAUUCUUUUAAUCCAGGGCCCAGAGAAUUCUGCAUUCUUGGUUAACAUUCAUGAGCCAAUUAUUUGGAGGCUACAUGAAAUGUUUCAGCAAUCUAAAUUCAGUAGCAUUUAUGGGUCAGAGACUGGUGAUGUUCCAGUCGAUCCAAUUGUACAAAUCGGGUAUGCUUUAUGAUCACUUACCCUCAUUUUUUCACUUUUGCUUUCCACUAUGAGACAUUUCAUCCAUCUUUUCUUCACCGGCAGGCUCCUUAAUAUCUCAGAAGUCAGGUUCAGAGUGUCAAUGGCCAUGUCACCAGCCCAACGACCACGGGGUGUUCUUGGUUUCUGGUCAUCCCUUAUGACAGCCUUGGGAAACACUGAACAUAUGCCUGUGAGUAACAUAUUAUACGUACCCUGUAAUCACCUGAAAGUUUCCUGCCUUUGAUUUUCAUAAACAGACGUGUAGCCCAUCAUAAUUAUUGCCGAUGUUUAUGCUAUAUUUCUACAGUCUGAUUAUUGCCUGAAUUUUCCAACUGUUUCUUGCUCCUGGUCUUCAAAAUUUUCCGUCUGUCUUUGUUCCAUGAAUGGCAAGGCGUUGAUAUGUUUGCUUUUAUUCUUUAAAGGUGCGUAUUAAUCAGAGAUUUCACGAAGACAUCUGCAUGCGCCAGAGUGCCCUCAUCACUUCUGCAGUGUCAAGCAUCCAGAAGGAUCUCCUCAGUCAACCGCUUCAACUGCUGUCUGGCGUUGACAUUCUCGGCAAUGCAAGUAGCGCCCUCGGGCACAUGAGCAAGGGCAUGGCAGCACUCUCCAUGGACAAGAAAUUCAUCCUGGGUCGUCAGAAACAGGUCGGUGGAUAGAGCAUCCAAAUCAUCCUCGCUUCCUCUUUAUGAGGAAACUAUCUUCUUUAUGAGGCUCACCCAAUCUUCUCGUACAUUUAAUCGCCAACCUAAACAAUUCUUUCCCUUUCUAGGAAAGCAAAGGAGUUGAAGAUAUUGGGGACGUCAUCAGAGAGGGGGGCGGAGCUUUCGCAAAGGGCUUAUUCAGAGGAGUCACCGGCAUUUUGACGAAGCCCCUUGAAGGAGCAAAAUCAUCUGGCGUUGAGGGAUUCGUUCAGGGUGUUGGCAAAGGGAUCAUUGGUGCUGCCGCUCAGCCUGUCAGCGGAGUCCUCGAUUUCCUCUCCAAGACCACCGAAGGAGCAAACGCAGUCAAAAUGAAGCUGGCGUCGGCUCUCACUUCAGAGGAGCAGCUCCUCCGCCGCCGUCUUGCCCGGGCUAUUGGCGGUGAUAGUCUCCUCCGUCCCUAUGACGAAUACAAGGCCACCGGACAGGUACCAACUAUUCCGUUUACUCUGUCCACGACUUUUUCUGAAUCCAAAAUAGGCAAUCUCUUAUCGACAUAAUUCAUAUGAACCAUCACAAGAUUGCCCAAACCUUCUCUCUACUCCGUUGUUGAAAAAUAAUUAUUUCUUUCGUUGUUGGGCUUUCUUGGAUGUAUUAGAUUUUUCGUUGUCCCAUUAGCCUUGUACUGUACCAGACUUCAACAUAUUCCCACCUUGAGGGGGACAAGAGGUCUUGAGAAAAUUAUUCUCUCCACCGUUUCUCUCUCUCUCUCUCUCCCUAAAACUUUUCUCUACUACAUCCCACCCUUUUUUUUUUUUACUUGAAUACUAGGGCGAUCUCUCUGCCUCUAGCAAUAUAACCCGUGAUCCUCUUGAUAUCCCGUACCUUGACAAAGUUUUCAUCUGUUGGAGGGAUACCCAACAACCUGGAGAAGUGAAAGACUUAACUCGAAAUACUACCGAGAAGCUUCUGUCUUUCAGUGUGAAGAUCUCCAAGAUGUGCCUUCUUCCUUCUUCUAUAUACUAUUUCAUACAAAAUAACUCAACCCUUUUGUUCCUGAAGGUUAUUCUCCAGCUCGCCGAAUCUGGCACAUUCUUGGGGCAAGUCGAUCUCUUCAAAGUCCGAGGAAAGUUUGCUCUUUCUGAUGCAUAUGAGGACCAUUUCUUGCUCCCAAAGGGGAGGAUCAUCGUGGUGACUCAUCGAAGGGUUCUACUCCUACAAGUACGCCAUCCAUUCUCACACUUUCAUGUGGUUUUACCAGUAUCCCAUUGACCUAAAGACUCUCUCUCUCUCUCUCUCUCUCUCUCUCUCUCUCUCUCUCUCUCUCUCUCUCUCUCUCUCUCUCUCUCUCUCUCUCUCUCUCUCUCUCUCUCUUUCAGCAAUCAACCAACGUCGCAGCCCAGAAGAAGUUCAAUCCAGCAAAGGAUGCCUGCUCGGUGUUGUGGGACACUCUGUGGGAUGACCUGAUAACGAUGGAAUUGGCAAAUAGAAAGGGUGACCAUCCGAAGUCCCCCCCUUCGAUCCUCAUCUUGUAUCUUAGGUCCAGGUCGGCCGAUCCGAAGGAGUCCACCCGGAUCGUGGAGUGCCUCCAUGAGUCUCAACAGGCCUUGGACGUAUAUUCUUCGAUCGAGAAGGCAAUGAGCACCUACGGCCCAAAUCACUCCACGGUUAGGCUUCUCCUAUUUUCUCUCUCUUGGGUCCAUCUCCUUUCUCUCUCCUGAGCAAUGGAGUUCAGCUUACUGAAUUGUGAUGAUCUCCAGGAGACGUUGAAGAGGAAAGUGAAGAAGCCCUAUUCUCCUCGUCGGAUGACAGUCCCAUUCCCUGCGUUCCCAAAAGAGUUAGAAUUUGGGCCACUCAACAAAUGA